AUACUGAAAAAACUUCGCCAAGUGGCAGAUGUCAGGAGAUGUUUCCAUGGUAAGAAAAACUCAGGCCAUUAAAGUUGGCACUGUUUACACACGACCAAGGGUCGUUUUAGACAAAAUUGGCUUAAAUAUCCCAUCUAUAAUAUGUUGAUUCUUGUCAUAGACACUACAAAAAUUGAAGAAAAAUGAUGAAAAGAAAGUUUUGACCAUAAACUUGCCAAAGUCACCAGAAUGAAAAAACUUUGUUGUUCUUGACUAAUGCAAUCAUGCGGUCAGUCUGAUACUUCUUGAUUGACUGUCCUGUGUAAACAAAGCACUUGAAAAGUUUGUCUUUCGGGUAAGAAUCUAUCGGUAAACAAAGCCAAUGCUUUGAUGUUUUGGAAAACACCUUACAUCAGAAGCGAAAGCAAGUGGUUUUGUAGUUUUCAGAUUCGCUUACUAUCCAGAAACUGAAGUGGAUUUUUCGGGAGCGAUUUCCGGUUGAGCGAGGGAUGUCGUUUGGGCGCGACAGCGUCACGUCGGGAAUUCCGAUUAUGUCAGAGAUUAUGUAGUUAUCAGGCAUGCGUGGCGUGAGCUGUAACGCGGGCAAACUACACUUGAAAAUGAACGAAGUGCAUGAUUAGUUGUUCCUUUGCUGAUCCAUGAAUGGUGCGGUGUUGAGGGAGAUCUGUUUUUUAAUUUCACGUCCAAGAUGUACUUUCUGGUUGCGUCGUUAUGCUGCAUAAUUCUACAUUCCUUCGGCUACAACCUCGAUACUGAAUUACCAAUCAUUAGAACGGGGGAACAGGACAGUUACUUUGGAUUUUCGGUCGCCCUUCACUCCUUUUACGAUGAUAUCGACUACAAGAAUUAUUUCUGGUAAGCGAUCUUGCCGUCGUUUAGUUGACGUUGUAUGCUAGUUGUGGACAUUUGUUUUGUUGUUUUUACAGGCUGUUGGUCGGCGCGCCAAAGGGAAAUAGUACGGUUUUGAAAGAGAAAGGAAUCGUAAAUCCUGGAGUUGUGUACAGAUGUGACUUUAGCAGAGAUGUGAACUGCUCUGUUCUGCCCUUUGAUGUGGACGGUGAGUAGCUCUUGAUUAUUCCUCAAGGGCUAAUUGUUCUUUCAUCAUUUUAUUUUUAACAGCUUUGGUAUAAAUAAUUACCUGUUACGUUCUGGCGAAUUCUUUCCAUGCAUCAAUUUUGGGGGGUCACGAAUUCUGUUGCUACGACCUCGCAAAAUGCCUGUCGGGCCAUGAUACUGUCCUAAAUUCCACCAAAUCUGCCAUUUUAAUCACGGAAACUUUUGCUGGAAGUGCUCAGUAGUCAUUUAUUGAAAAAGUAUAUUGAAUCGUCUUGCGAUGUAUCUGAAAAUUAUUUAUCGUUCAUUUAUGCAAAGGCAGAAUAAAAUAUUUUAUCAAUGGAGAGCUCCCAAGUCUAAUAAGAAAUUUUGAAAUUAGCAGGACACUGGGGUUCCAAGAUACUUAAUUUUUAAUAAUUUUUUAAGUUGUUUUAUGCAUUGGAAACAUGAAAUUCAUAUAAUUAUUCCUUCUUGCAUUCGAGUUUGUGUUACCAACACUCUCUAAGUCCACAAGAAAUUUCAAAGACAAAAAGAAAAAUCACAAAACUUAGGAAGCUUCCAUUGAGCAAUUCAUUUCCGCUGUUUACAGGAAUUACGUUUGUUGAUGUGUCCCCAUUUCAGAACCGCUUAUGUCAAUACCUGCUUGCAAAUGCGAGCAGAACUAACAGUCCUUUUCUUGAUUAUGAAGUGCCAGAUAUUUGAUACUUUUUGUUGACUUUUGAGUGUAAACUAUUAGGCUUUUUAGCGGUUUCAUUUACACGCACAGGGCACCUUAACAAAGUGAUUUUUCCUAGAUGAUCAAUCUCUCUCAGUGACAAAAUGUUCCAAGGUUUUGUUGGCCUUUCAAUUGAGGAUUGCCUUUGUUUUUUAUCAUACCCACCGGGGGUUAGUUUAAUGACUUUUAUUCUUUUGACCCAGCUGUGAGUAAGCGACCGCUUGGAAGUAAAAUUGUAUGACUAUUUACGGAUUGAACAGCGUUUAGUGUAAACAAAACGAAGCGCACGCCAGCUGACUUUGCAGUUUAUCUUUUCUGCGCCAAACCGUCGACACUCCUCCGAAUCAACCUUUCUUUUGUCAUGACUUUAUCUCUAUUAUAGUGUAUUGUUAAAUAAAUUCAUCUUGCGGCUUCGUCAAAGACAGAUGUUUGCUUUUGAGAGUCAAACUUUGCAUGCAUUUUGAAAGCGUACCGCGAUUGUUCCUUGAGUGUGAGGGGUUGUUGUUAAUUUAUUUUUCUUCGAACUUACAUGAUCAUUAAAAUCCCGCCGUCGUAGCUUUUUUCGAUAAAAUUCAAUCACUGCUGAUAUUUUUAGUAUUUUAGGAUCAGGUAAUGUCGAAACGGGUAAUUACAGUAAUAUGAAAGAUUCUUAUUUUGAUUUUUUUCUUUUAAAUAAGACAUGUUCUAACUAAAAUAGAUUAAAAAUUGGAUUUUGUUAUACAAAGCAUUAUCAUAUUUAUUUUGUUCUCUUUUAAUGGAAAAUUUUUAAAUUUGUGAACUUUGUUUUUGCGGUUUUCUUUUAUAGAUAUCGUUAACCUUUUUGCCCCCUAAAACAUUUUAUAUUUCAAAAUUUGUUUUGAAAUUAAUCUAGCUAUAUGGAUACCACUAAUUACACAAAUUAUUCCUGUAACCAAUCAGAUAUAAAAAGUAUGUUUCAGAGAUAAAAUAUAGUUUUUUUUGUGAAAAAGCAUCAGCAGGAAAUAGAGAACAUUUCUUUUUUAUAAGUAAAAUUAUUUCAUCUGAAUUUUUAAUUUUAAUUUAAUUCUGUUAACUUUAACCUUAUGAGUAUUAUUCAUUUAUUUUUGUGUGUGAAGUGACGAUAAAAUAUUUGUUUUUUAUCCUCAACAAAUAGCACAAAAAAAUUUGCUACAUUAUCUUUUUUUGUUGAGUAUUCAAAGAACUUGAGAUACAUUGUAUUCUUUUGUUUUACUGUAAUUUUUCUGUUUGCAUUUAUUUUUACACAUAUCUACUGAUUACAUUUAUUAUUAUUUAAUGCUAUCUUCGCUUAUCAGUAAUACAAAAUUGCAUAGUUUUGUUUUACAAAGAACUAAAGAAUACGUUAAUCAAUGUAUUUUUGUUCGAGGCAUUUCUGUUUGGUAGAUGUGUGUGGUAUUUGUUUUUUUCAUGCAUGUGUUUCUACAAUAUUAUUAUUACCGGGGCCCAGCCGAAGGCUGGCACCGGUCUUAAAAUGCAGACCGUCCGUUUUUUCAACGUUACAUUGUUAGGGAUAUAUCGCUGACUGAGAUAUAUCGCUGGCUCAUUGAAAUCUUAUCCGCCAUUUUGAAAAGAAGAGGCAUGGAGGACAGUCAAGAGAAAGAUUAUAGCUUUUUUGGGGGGAACGACACGUUCCCCAACCCAACUAGUUUAUGAGCGAAAAAUUUAACAGUGAAUAUUUGGAGAGACAAAUUCUGACGAUCACUUCUGAGACUGAACCUUCCAUCGUGAAACUUAUCGAGAAAUUGAGUGAACCUUCCAUCGUGAAAUUUAUCGAGAAUCAAAGCGAACACUUAUCAAAAUUUCUCUUCAAAAAGAUUUCAAUGAUUGACAUACCGAAGACUUCAAAGCUCCAUCGCUAUGUUAAUAAGGUGAGAAAACUUUAUCAUGCACGAUAUAAAUGUAAUAACAAACGCGAUCCAAAGAUAAUUAACUUAAAUAAAAUGGCUAUACCCAAGAAAGCUUAUUUGUUGUCUUUCUUUAGCAGGCAUUAUCACAGGAUAAUGAAACUAAAAAUAAUGUAAAGCACGUCGAUCUUUAUCAUUGUUUUCUUGCAAUUGUGUGAGUCAUAUGACCAAUUAUGUGAAUUUAAAGUAAAGAUGUUGAGAAGAAUCCAGGACCUACUCAAUACAACACUGAUCAUCAUGAAGUAAUAAUUAGACCUUCUAUGCAAAAUCACAGGUUGAGGUCACACUAGAGACUUUACUAUGGUAAAAAGGGCUUUACUAUGGUAAGUCUCGCAACGUCUUCUUUACCGUAGUAAACCUGACAGGUCCACUUAAAAAGGCAUUUGAAACUUUCCAGGCGUUUUUUCUCGCGUGAUCGGUAACGUGAGAGUGAAAAGUAAAACAAAUGAUGACCUGCUAUGAGAGCUGACUAAAUUGAAAUUACUGAACUGUAACUUCCUGAGCGUGACCCUCACAAGUGUACAAAGAUGCUUCAAUGUGAGAGAGUAUUGUUUUCUGUUGUGAGCAUUUUGCUUUUUAAUUCUGCUGCUCAGACGAGCAAGAAGAAUGCGCUCCCUUAUUACCUACCUUGGUUUCGAAUACGGGUUAGUGAAGAUGUUUUAGUGACAGGUUUAUUGAUUACUCAUUGAAGACGUAUUCUUAGAGAAAGAGCGGCAUUGCGAAGGCAAGCGUGGGUUUAACCUCGACUCCAGGAAUGGUUUGAAGAAAUGUACAGAAACAGAAACCUUCAAGCACUGUGGAAAAAGCAAUCACCGAUGUUCUAAAGCUAUUCUGUUAUGUGACCCUUUUUGAAACUACUUUCCUCAAAAAUCAUGACAAACUGUCAACAAAACAAACAAAGUUUAGAUAGACUAGAGAUAUACCCACCUAUUUUUUUUUGGUAACCAGAUGGUUAUCGGUGAUGGGUCAUCUUUGUUCUUUCCGCGGUAGUCAUGGAAAUUAACCAGGGUAGAGUUUACCAUUGUAAACUGAAAAAUGCCGGUCACACUUACGGCGCCGUUUACUAUGGUAAACUUGAGUUCACUAUAGUAAACUUUCUCUAGUGUGACCUCAACCAUGCAGUUGAACUCUCCUAUUUCCUCUGAGAAUUUGAUGCAGUCAAGAUUAGGUGCACUUUGUUUACAAUCAAUAGAUGUUGGCGGUGCAGGUGAUUGUUUCUUUAGAUCUGUAUCACAUCAAUUAUAUGGCAAAAGCAACCAUCACAUGCAUAUACGUACUGCUGGGGUUCAAUUUAUGAGAGACAAUCCUGAGAGAUUUAUUGAGAGCAAUACCGAAAAUUCAUGGAUAAGAUAUCUGAAUAAUAUGUGUAUUCAAGGUACAUGGGCUGAUGCACUUAUCAUUCAAGCAGUUGCAGAUAUACUACUGUUUACCCAGUUCAGGAAAGAAAUACUUCCUCUACAAUAAUUACUAUAGGCCAUAUUGAUGAAUGCCACUAUGUAUCAACCACUGCCUUACAAUCAAGUGUCUCCAUUUCAAUGUGCAAUGAAUUAACAAAUGAUACUCAGUCAUCAAUAAAUAAGCAUUUUAUUAUGUCUGUAUAUAACACUGGAUGACAUUUUUACAGUGCAAGACAACAAUCCAUGACCACAAAGAUCUAUUUCAAAAAUGUCUUAUGUCUGUUAUCAUUUCAAAUUCACAGUGUUUUCAAAAAAUAGAUAAAUGUGAUUAAUAAAUCUCAAUGAUAAACCUGAUGAUAACGUAUUUGAGAAAAUGUGAAAUUGUGAUAAUUCUGUAACAAACUUCUUUGCAAACUUUGUCAUUACCAUUCAACCCAAAACUGUCAGUGAUUUUUGCUUUUUCACUCAAACUUAAAAACAAAUGAAAACCUUAUACAGAUCACACUUAUUGACAUCACAGUGUUACUAAAAACACUACUAUAACACAGACCGUUAGCUGUAAUAACACUGAACAAACUUACAACAACAUCCUCCUUUCUCAUGCAUUUUGUUGCUUUUCUUCUGCAUGAGUUAAUUCAGACUAAGUAUUAACCUCCACAGAGGAGGGGGGAGGGGUGCGAGAGGUAAACUAUAUCUAUGCAAUCCCGUAUCCCACUGGGCCCCGGUAAGUUCCACGUAGUGGUUCUAGUUUACAUCUAGUACUACAUGUUCAUUCUAGUCUAUGAUAUCAGUGACAUCUACAAACCCAGCAUGCAUUUCCACUCCUGUUGAGCUCAAGCAAGCCAUGUGUAUUUCCUCUUUAUUAGCAAUGUAAUUACAAUUAUUUGCUCAGUAGGUGGUUGACAACUUUGUGUCAUUUCUGACAAUAUAGUUAUCAUGUUUAGUGGGAGGUAAUCUUCUUAUAUACUCAAGCAAUUAUUUGACAGGAUAUUAAAAAAAUUCACAUUACUGAAAUGGCAAAAAUUAGCAUUUGUAACCAAACAAAAAUUGGUGCAUUUUAAAAUGCUUGCAAGUCAAGGUCUAGCGGAGCUCUUCAGUAAGAUGGUUUCUGUUAACUCUCAUAUUUCUUUUAAUUUCUGUGAUUAUUUAGAGCUCAGAACUAGAGGAGAAAACUCUAUUUCUGAAUCUGUACAUGUAGGAGCUUAUUAAAUAAAUUGGAAUUUCACUCAAAAUAUUUUACAGCUCUCUAUAUAUAAACACAACUUUUUGAUGAGAGAUCUUGCUGAGGUAAGAUGCUGAGUUGAGUGGAGUUGUUUUCAUUAAAAUGUACAAUCAUUUAUUUGUUCAUACAUUUUUACCCUGGAGAAAUGAUAUAAAAAAAAAUGAAAAAAUCUUGUUGAAUCUCUAACUGUAUGAGCGAAAAGAUGAUAGAAAUAUAUAAACAACAAAUAACCUUUCUUAAAUUCUUCAAAUUUUAAUUUGCGCACUCUUCUCAUCCUUCACAGCUCAAAUAAAAUUAGUCCAUACAUUUUAGUUAACCCUCUCUUGUUCAUUGAAAAAUGGCUGUGUUUUAAAUUAAUAAAUAUAAGAUAUCUAACAGCGUGCAAAGAAAGUCGUGUGGCUAGUGGAUUUUACUAUUGGGCUAGUGAAUUCUGUUCUUAACUUGCCCACCUGGCAAGUGAAAUUUUUUAAGGAAUCAAAUCACACAAAAACUGUUAUCAACCAUGCUCAUCAUCGGGUUAGUUGAAAUGACUUUUGGUCUGGUACAUGCUAACUACAGCUUGCCCGAAUGGCAAGCUGUAAACUGACUUUCUUUGCACCCUGUCUAAACUUGUAUGUAGCUCUGAGUGAGAGUUUACAAGCAAGCAAGCUACAACCAGUUGCCAUUUAAGUACUUGAGACAUUGUACCAUAUUUUGGCCUAAAUGGCCUGUCCAUGAUCUCGUGCUUUUGAUCCCCCCCCCCCCACCCCUUAUCAAAGUUGUUAGCAAUACGAGACCAUGCACAAAACUUGGAGGAACAACUUUGAAUGGAAGGGGGAGGGAGUUCAGUAUUAUAUCUUACAGACCUGUGACUAGCAGUGUUUUAAAGCAAAAAAGGUCGUAUUUUCGCCAGUGUCUCAACAUUGUUGCAACUGUCUGUAGCUAAGGUACACACAUAUGAUUAAGUCUUAUAUGGGUGCCCUGUGUUUGCUGCAUUGUUUUGAUGAGGACCCUGUGUAGUGUGAAGUAAUGAUCUCAUACUCAAUACUAAAUGUUACCCUGAGUUCAGGAUUCAAUGCGAGAUAAGUACAUUAAUGGUUACAGUCUAGUAGCUAAAUCCCAGUAAUAUAAAACAUAAUUUGUCUGGAGUACAUGGAAGUGAAGGACUGGUAGUAUGUCUGAGUAGUUAGAGCACCGAAAUUGCAAGUUCAUCCCGAGUGCAACUCUUUGGUCAGGCUUGUAAAUAGCUGACUGGGUUUGCUUCCCGCUAGUUGGUAUAUAUGUCUCUUUCAAUAAUAUUUUUUUGUUUCUGUCCUUAUUUGUGGGCCACAAUGAUUGAUGAAAACUUCUGUGCUACUGGUAAUUGUGCUACCACCAUAAAGCUUUUUUAUUUUUUUGUUGUUGUUGUCCAUUUAAUAAGUUAUUCUUCAAGACAUUCCAAGUGCUUCUUUAUUGAAUGGUUGUUUCUGUUUUUAGGGGAUGCUGAGGGUGAUAGAAAGAGCAAUGCAUGGUUUGGUGUCUCAGUUUACAGUGCUGGACAUAAUGAAGAUGUCUUGGUAGGCAAACCGGAUUACUAUACGUUUCUGGGAAACUGCCCACCUACCCCUCCCCUAAGCCAGCAUUUUGCCUAAGUGAGAAGUAAUUGUUAAUGUUGGCUUAGGGGAGGGGUAGGUGGACAGUUUCCCAGAAAUGUAUAAUGACCCAGCAAACCAUUACCGGUAAUAUGUUUUUUGCUAUCUUGAGAAUACAGCCAACAUUGUGACACCACCAUUGGCGUUCCCACAAAUGACAUCUGAGAAACAAGCUCAGUAAUUCCAUACUGAUAACUUUCCAGUUCUGGGUGGUGCUUCUGAUUGGAUGAAGUAAAUUUUCCUACCAAUCAGAAGGCCCUUCACAGGCACAGCUGGGUAGUGAUGCGUCAUCAGUAUGAAAUUUCUUUGCUCAUUCCUGAGAAAUCAUUUUGCAGGGAAAGCUAGUAAUGGCAUUGUGAAAUGUCAGCUAUUUUCUCAGGUUAUAUUUAUUUCUUAGGGUAUUUGUUACAUGUAUCUGUAACUGCUCAUUAGUGGAUGAAAUUAACGACAUUAACUCCUUGUAAAAAUUCACAUGUCAGAAUUUUCUUUUGUAAUAUCCCAAGAAAUAAAUAUUAGCCUUAAAGCAGGGUCCGAAAUUGCGCCUUCCUGGUUGCCAAUGCGACUAAAAAUUUAGUCCUGGCGACCAGAAUUUCAUAGCUGGUCGCCAGCUAGCGACUUGUGAAGCUGGUUGUUAUUGUGGACUUUAACGUUCGAAGAAACUGAUUAAGAAUUGAAACCUGAUAAGUGACCUCCUGCUUUUAAAAACUUCAUUUUGAACUUCAUUGAAGUAAUUUCAGAGCUGUUGCACCCGCCGUAUCCCCCUACCAGGCACCUCACUUUUGCUCUUGAGCAACUAGAAAAUCUUAGUUUUUGUUUACAAAAAUCCUAUGUUGGGCACCCUGGAUUUUACAGGUUCGGAAAACCGGGGCUUCUUUUCAAUUUUUCUCACAGCACAGUCUUGCCCAUGAUUUUUUUAGUGAUUGGCAACAUUUUUGUUGCACAGGGUACCCAUAAAUUACAGCUUUUGAUUUUACCUUGGUAAUAUUAUGUUAUCAUAAUCAUUAUCAUUUUCAUUGCAAAUUAAGCUACCGCAGUAUCAAUAACAGUAACAUUUUCACAUUUUUUCCCAUUUCUUUAGGCGUGCAGUCAUAGAUUGCUUCAUAUAGAGGGAUCUUUUUAUACUUACCCAGGGCGAUGUUAUAAAUCUUCAUUCUUGUUAGAAACCAGUUUCGGAAAGGAUUUAUUAAAUUUUUGUGAAAAAACAAACCAAAGUGAGUAUACAUUUUUCAUUACACUCUGUAGUGAUUGCAACAUUAAAAAGAAAAGUAUCACAGUCAGUGUUGGGCAUGUUUAGCCUGUGAAAAUCCAUUUUAAAAGCCUCACAGACAAUGUUGGGCAUGUUUAGCUUAAGAGUACAGUCACCUCUUAUGACCUCAGUGUGCAAAGAAAGUAGUCUCCGAUAGCCCAGGGCUAGUGGAUUUUGCUCUUGGGCUAGUGAAUUCUGUCUUUAACUUGCCCGAUGGGCAAGUGAUGUUUUUUUUGAGGAAUUUAAAUAACAGAAGAACUGUGAAAUCAAUUCUGCUAGUCAAAAAGUUUUUGGGGUUAGUUGAAAUGACGUCUGGGCUAGUAAAUGCUAGCUUCAGCUUGCCCAAAUGGCAAGCUGUAAAAAUGAUUUUCUUUGCACCCUGGACCUACAUGUAUCAUCACUUGUGACAUUCAGCAAGAGAGGCAUUAAUGUCGUGGCCCCAAAACCUGGUUGGCGGGGCUCUUUGGGUCAAUUUUGCUGGGUAUUUUCUGCCGGCCUCCAGGGAGCCCUACCCCACUAUAGACAGUGUAAUUAGUGGCCAAUUAUAGACUCCAUCUUAGUCACUUUCAGGAAAAUGUAAUUUACACUGCCACUUUCUGUUUAUACAUCUACUUUAUAAAGCCUAGUUGGUGAGUUUGGUGUAAAAUGAAUUCACACAUUUUAUUUCAAAUUCCUACAACUGUAGAUGCAAACAUUUUGUAUGAAAAUUAUGUGACCACAUUAUAAUCAAUUCAGUUGUGAAAAUGCAACCCCAUCCAGCCACACGUGCCCAUCAACCAAUUACUAGGAAGUACAUGUACCCUCUCCUUGCCCCAAAUUUCUCACUGGUGAUGUAAAUCUAUCCAGAUCUGGAGCUUCGAUUGGUUGAUGUUUUACAUGCAAUUAUUAUACUCUUUCAGCCAAUGCUUACAAAUGUCAGACAAAAGACAUGAAAUAAUAUUUAUUUUAAAUUCAAGUCUGAAUGUUGAAAGAUGCCAUCCAGCCUACAUCGUGACAUGAUGCAAGUCAGAACAAUGACAUUCUGCUGUCGGGAUCAUACAAAAGAAUGUCUGUAAUGGCAAGAGUUUUAAAAUAAUGGGAUCUUUUAUUUCGGUCAAACGUCUGUAAGUUUGCCAUGGAUUUAGCUACUGUAUUUUUGAGAUAUCUGUAAAAAUGUGUUGCCUGCAAAGCAAGACUUUACUGUACACUGUAGGGGAUAACUUUGUGCGAUAAACUGGUAUCCAGGGUCCAGUGGGGACAGGCAAUACUCUGAGGUCCUUCAUGCUUCCCUGAGCCCCCAUGUGUGACUUUAAGUUGAUCACAAGGAGAGGUUUGUAAAUGAAUUAAACAGACUUCACACAGGUUAACUUUCUUGUUAUAUUUUGUUUAGAUAAAAUAAGUGAAGGGGGACUAUCCACAAUCAACUACCUUGAACACAAGUAUUGUCAAAUGGGAGUUAGUAUUUCAUACAUAAAGGUGAGACAUGACUGUUACAUAUUGUACUCAUUUUUUUUUUGAGAAUCAGAGUGAGAGAAAAAUUUUGUUAUCCACUUCUCCUUCUGACAAGCUACAUUAAAUUUGGUUGUCCAAAACCCAAGAGUUCUUGUCCAAAUGUUUUGCUCGAAACACGGGCAUUUGAUAAUCUUCCCUUGAUUCACUAGUUAAUUCUUUGCUAGCAUCCCAGAUUUUUUCUUUUAAUAAUAAUAAUAAUUCUGUUAUUUACCCUUGGCAGUAUUUAUAGCACUAGUGCUAGUGGGGCUGAGCAAAUGUUUGAAACAAAUAAUACAAAUCGAACUUAACAGGGUUGAGAAUCCCAGCUGGCUAGAGGCAAACCAGCUGGCUAUUUACAAGCAUGACCAAGGAUUUGAACUCGGGACUACCGUGAACAAGAGCGGGACUUGAUCUUGGGGCCUCCUAGCCUGUGAAAACAUCCGUUUCUCCUCGCUCUUCGCCGCCGGGGACGUUUCGCGAGGAGGAACGUCUGCAACUCAGCGACAGAAAUUCCAUACUGAUGAUGCAAUCCAAUGUUUACAUAAUAAAUCCUGUAGUCAUGGGGUUCCAAAUACAAAUUUGUCCAAUUUUAUGUGUCUUCUGGUUGAUUUUGGUAAAUUGUUGUGUUCAUCUGCCAACGAGCUCCAGCAAAACUCACGUGCUAGCUUCUUCUAGAGAAGACUAUAUUUCCACAAGCAUUGACUGUUUUGUUCGAGAUUCUUCGCGUUUACAUUUGACCUUUGUGGCCUUUUGUCUUUUGUCUGUCAUUCGUAAACAAUAGCUAAAACAAUGUAACUACUUCGUCGACCAAUCAGCUCUUCUGACCGGAUUCCGGACAGAUUUUACGUCAUCAGUAUGGAAUUUCUGUCGCUGAGUCGCAGACGUUCCUCCCAGAAACGUUCCCAUCGGCGAAGAGCGAGGAGAAACGCAUGUUUUCGCAGGCUAGGGGCCUCCGAAUUGCAAGUCCGUUGCUCUAACUACUCGGCCACGCUUCCUCCUUUCUCGGUUGCUUUGAAAGAAAAACUAACAAUGAAGACUGUAAUUUUUGGACUUUUUGUGAUUCCACCAUUAUAUCAACUCAAAUUUUGAGCCUGGGAAUGAGUUACGUCUUAACAGAAGUAAUUUUAUGGUAAUUUGAAGUCAAUUUUCAAGUAGUUCGGUAUUUUUUCUAAUUAAAAAUGUACUUGUCCCACGGACAAGUCAUGGGUUUACAUGUCCAAACUAAAUUUCUAUCUGUCCUGGACAACUGGACAUAGGUUUUGGCGCACCCUGAUUCAGAAUGUUGUCAGACUGCAGCCUCAAGCCUGCAGGACAGGGAGGAUGCUGUAACCUCCUUGUAGAGGGCAAAGUAAAAUAUUCACUAUUACGCCCCUCUCUAUUCAAGGGAAGAAAGUUAUUAACCCCCGCUCUCUUUUAAGCCUCUCUCCCCUCCCCGUUACUCUUAAAUGAUAGACGUUUUGCAACUGUAACAUGGUUUAGUAUUCCCCUGCUGGAAGUUCACUUUAAUUCCACUUUAUCUGUUCAUGAUGCCUCAACAUCUUUCCAUUAUUACUGCAGGAAGACUCAAUGCCAUUAAUUGGAGCUCCUGGAGUAUACAACUACCAAGGUUUGAUAAUAACAAAUUAUCACAGUUAUUGUUACCGCUGAUAGAUAACAUUGCAGAUUCUUUAAAAAAAUUAUCAAGAUAAUUAUUCAUUCAAUUUGCAAUAUUAUCAUUUAACAGGAGAGAUAAUUUACUAUGCAAUCCCACCGAAAGAAGUGACAAGAAGUAACAAAGAGAAUGGAUAUCAAGGUUUGUGAUAUGCCCGUUAGUGGUUCUCGGGAUAGCAAGAACUGGGGAUGAUUAAAUGGGAGGAGGGGGGGAGAUUAGAAACAAUUAACAAAAAAAAAUCCCAGAUCUUCUAACAAAACCCCAAAACCAUUGGACAAAAAUUUAACCCUAAAAGAAUCCAUGCUGAAUUUUGGAGCCUCAAGAGCAAAAGGGAAUUCUUGUGACAAAAAAGCUGUGCACUAAACAUGAUGAAUGAGAAAUCAACUGAAUGAACUGAAACCAUGUUGGAAAUACCCUAGGACACUUUGCAGAGUAUUGUAGAACCAGUUUAACCCUUUAAGUCCCAAAGGUGACCAACAUCAAUUUUCUCCUAAUGAUAUCCAUAGACAGGGUGCAAAGAAAGUCGUCUCCGAUAGCCUGGGGCUAGUGGAUUUUGCAGUCAGGCAAGUGAAUUCUGUUCUUAACUUGCCCAAAGUUUUUUGAGAAAUUUAGAUUACAGAAGAACUGUAAUCAAUGCUGCUUAUCAAAAAAGUUUGGGGCUAGUUGAAAAGACUCUUGGGCUAGUACAUACUAGCAACAACUUGCCCAAAUUGCAAGCCAUUUAAACUGACUUUCUUUGCACCCUGAUAGAUUGUCAAGAGGUUAGGUUAUGAGAAAAAAUGAUCACCAAACAGAAAAUGCCUAAUGAUCUUUUAUCAAAUUCUCUCAACACUUUCUUUAAGGAAAUGUAUGGAGACCAGUUUGGAGAAUUUGUACUUAUAUAUUGUGGCUUAACCCUUUAAGUCUCAGUAGUGACCAAGAUCAAUUUUCUCCUAACAAUAUCCGUACACUGUCCAGAGAUAAGUUAUGAGAAUUAAUAAAAUGAUCACCCAAGAAAACCUUCCUUGAUCUAUUAUCAAAUUCUCUCAACUAAUUCUUAAAGGAAAUGUAUGGAGAUCAGUUUGGAGAAUUUGUAAGUGGAUACCGGGGCUUAAAGAGUUAAAGGGUUAAAGGAACAGUGUAGUGGAAUAUUGAAGAAAUAUAAACAACAACAACUGAAUUACAAGUUUGGUUGUAAGUUUACGAAUGGACUGCCAUGAAUCUUCAAGUUAUUUUGAAUACCCUUCAAAAAAUUAUGCCUACCUAAAUCAAGCCACACCCAAAAAAAUACUCGCCCAAUUCUCCCUAUUAAAAAAUCUGUGAAUGGAAAAUAUUUCAAACCUCAAAAAAUCCUUCAAGUCUUGCUUUCCUUUUAUAUAGUCAUACAGUAAGCAAGGUUUAAUAUUUUCAUGUUCAUACAUAUAUACUGACCAGGAAGGCUGUGUGAAUGAACAUUUCCCAGUGUUAAAGCAUUUCAUGUAUUAUUUUUUUGUAGGAUACUCUGUAACCACUGGGAAGUUUUUCAAAAACGAUAAAAACGGUAGGUCCAGUACAUUAUAAACAAUUAUUGGAUGAGUUUUUUUGUGAUGUCUGGAAUAAUCAAGGUCAAGAUAAGUGUUAAUUAUCAGCCGAGACAAAGGCCAAGUUAAGGCUGAUAAUACUUACAAAAACCACUUCUAAUAAUUGUUUUAUUAUACAUUGUUUUGAAGAAAAUAAAAACAAACACACCAUCGGAAGGAACCUGAAUUGAUAUUGUUAUUAGAAAUCGUGCAUUGCACGUGCAACAUACAGAUUAGUCAGUUAUCUGCCAGUAGAGAAGUAACUUAUCUGUAGGUUACACUGAUUUCCAAAAUUAGCUGUAGGGUUUUAGCCAUUGAGAAGACAGAUGGUGAGUACAAUGUAUAAUAAGUAAGGACUGGGGUCAGGGGGCAGUUUAAGAGGAGGCCUCUAAGUAUGUUUGACCCUCAUCCCCAAAACAGUUGUAACCAAGUUAGCCUGCGGUAAUGCAAAGCGCUCUAUCUCAACGAUCUUACCGAAGAAUAGGGGACUGUGAACACUCUAUCAAAGGGUUGCACUAUUUGGUAAAGAGGUGCAAAGUAAUUGCCCAAAAUCUAUGCAAAUGAGAUAGCCUUCGUCCACAUUUCGAGGUCUCUAGUUUUCUAGGUUGUAGUUUUUGAGGUCUUAGGUCUUAGCUUUCUAGAGUACUGCAUAAAAUGGGCCCAGGUCAGAGGUACAGUGAUCGAAGCCCCUGAAAACAAUAUGGUGGCAGUGAAAACAGUCAUUGAACCAUCUUAAAAACAAGACAUUUCAAAACCCCAAAACAUGACUGUUGUGUGAUGUUGGCAGGAUAAAACAUAAAGUGAAAUAAGAACAAAAAUGGAAAAUCCUCCUAUUCUUGAACUGCUAUUCAGAACUUAUUUAAUUGCCUGCUGUUGACUAGCCCCAAACUUCUGGUUGCCAGCUCUUAAUUUCUACAUGUAGGCACAUUGCCGACAAGCGGCUUGCAGUUUCGGACCCUGUGUAGUACAUUUCGGUUUCCAGCAAUGAUUGGGAUAUUAUAGUUACCCACUUCUGUCAUAACCUGGAGAAGUAUUUGGCUAGGACUUUUUUAUUAUUCAAAAAAUUGGGUCUUUGAUGUUACUAUUAUUAUUAUUAUUAUUAUUAUUAUUAUUAUUAUUUAUAUUUGUAGAUAUUGCUUCUGGUGCUCCAAGUUAUGACCAACAUGGAAUGGUAAGAAGCCUUAUGUCAAGGAAAACUACAUUAUUUUGUAGACAUUUUUGGACAAUUGGGCAAUCUGCAGGAUUAAUUAUUUUUAAUUUUUGUUGCCCAAAGCUGAGUCUGAGUCAUUUAUCAAAUACAAAAUUGUUUUCUGUUAGCCGACUUUAUUUGUGUUUCUCUUAUGUCACUUUUUAGGUUGUCAUAUUUAGAAGUCGUAGCCCAGGAGUAUUUCAUAGUAAUCCAACUGUAAUCUACCCACCACAACGUCAACCUGGUACAGGUUUUGGGUAUGCAGUUUGUGGAGUUGACCUUAACAAUGAUGGGUAUGUUAUAAAACCUAAAAUCUGUUGACAGCAUUAGUACAGUGGAACCCAGUUUAUACAGUCACCAAUGGGCCCCAAAAAAUUUGGCUGUAUUAAAGGGUGACUGUAUUAACGAGGGUUUUUUUUUACAAGAAAAAGUAUGGCCGUUAUGCCGGGUGGUCAAAAAGUGGCUGUGUUAACAAGGUGACCGUAUUACUGAGGUGGCCAUAAGGCGGGGUUUCACUGUGAUGUCAUUAGUAAUUAAAAAGCUGAUGGGCCAAUGUUCUUAGAAGACCUUGGCAUUGGGGCAUUGCCACAUUUUCUCAUGAAAUGCUGCAAGGGGUCCCACGGGCGUAAAUAAGGAAAAAAAAACUUACAAAGCGUACGUAAGCAUACGUACACAUACGUACAUUUCCUUAUAAUAUAAGCCAAAAUUUCAUUGGUUAUGGUGUCUUUACUCUAACUCAGAGCUGUAAAACUUUGAGUUAACUGUAUGCAGUGAAAAUUGGAUGUUUAUAAUUCAAGAAAGUACGAGGUGUUUACUCUAACUUAGACCUGUCAGUAAAACGUUGAGUUAACCGUAUUUAAAAAUUGUGACCUGCUUUUCUCCCUCAUGACCCUCGUUAAGCUUUUUUAUGGGUCCUGUCGACCCAACUGUAGAAAAUCCUAGUAAGAACACUGUUAAUUAUUGAAAUAGGACUGAGUGGUAGCUAAUUUGGUCUGCAAUCAUACAAGACAGUGAUUAAAUGAACUCACAUCAGCAUUCAAAGAAAGUGGUGUCUAUUAGCCUGGGGCUAGUGGAUUUUGCUGUUGGGCUAAUGAAUUCUGUUCUUAACUUAACCCCGACGGGCAAGUGCUGUGUUUUGGGGAAAUUCAAAUUACAGAAGAAUUGUAAUCAAUCCUGCUCAUCAAAUUUUUUGGGGGCUAGUUGAAAUGACUUUCGAGCUAGUACAUGCUAGCUACAGCUUGCCCAAAUGGCAAGCCGGAAAACUGUCUUUCUUUGCACCCUGUCACAUGGGAGUCUGACCACACAAAGUUCUGUUACCAAAUCAUAACUGAAACAAAAUUUUAUUCAAGCUUUUUGAAAUUGAAUAAUAACAAGGUUUUCCGAGAGUUUUUUUUCUAGAUUUAGGAAAAAAAAAAAUUCAAGAGUGCAAGCUAAUAACCUUAGGCAUGAUAGAUACUGUCGUUUUGCCCGAUAGCCAAUUAGAUUAGAGAAUUUUUUUAGUUAUGACUGGCUCCAUGAGUAAGUAAUAAUCAGCUUAUGGGAUGAGUGUCUGUCUGUGGUAGGUGUUCCUUGACAGGGGUUUGAAUUUACAUGUAUAUGUACAUUUGGUACACGUUUCUGAAUUGAUUGCAAGAUUUUGUCACAAUUAAAAUCAUACUUAACAUAUUUUACUUUAUCUUCACUAAGUUUAGUUUUUCCUUUUAUUAUAUGGAGGAGAGUGUUUUACUGGGAACUAAACCACUCGUAGAUUCCAUACGCCACUUCAUCCGGGACCCGAGUGGCGUAUUUUCCGUAUGUCACCUUUGUGAGUGUCGUAUCAUUCAAUGACGUCUCGAUUCCCGCCUUUUGCUUUUGUUGAAAUGGUUUCUCCAUAUAAUAAAAAGAACAUUACACGUUGGCUCGAAGAUAUGAAUUUUAUGUUCUCGUGGCAAAAACAAUAUCUCACUUGUUCGCUUCACUCACUCGUGAGAUAUUGUUCUUGCCACUCGAACAUAAAAUUCAUACCUUCUCGCCACCGUGUAAUAUCCUCUAUUUAUUAUAUAAACACCAAUGAAAUACCAGCUGAGCUUUGCAUGAAAACUUGAUACCUUCACAUGUGAAAAUAACAUGUUAUCUUCACAUGUGAAAAUAUCACAUUUCCUAUGGCUACAUAAAAAAUUGCACCUUUGACACCAAAAAACUAUUAAAGUGAAAUGGUUUGGCAUUUCAUUGGUGUUUAUAUAAUAAAUAGAACAUUACAUGGCCGCUUGGAGAUACGAAAUUUCUCUUCCCGUGUUGAAAAAAUAUUUCACUUGUUUGCUGCGCUCGCUUGUGAAAUAUUUUUCAACACUCAAAGAGAAAUUUCGUAUCUCUGUGCGGCCAUGUAAUAUCCUCUUUUUAUUAUAUAAACACCACUGAAAUACCAAGUGAGCUUUUGUGCGAAAACUUGAUAUCUUCACAUGUGAAAAUAUCACCAUUGCUAUGGCUUCAUAAUAAACCAUGACACCUUUUAGACCAAAAAUUACUUAAGUAAAAUGGUUUGGCAUUUCAUUGGUGUUUAUACAGUCGACUCUCUCUUAACGGACACCUCUAUAGGACAGACACCUCUGUAAAACGGACACCUAGAGUUUGGUCCCUGCCUUUGUUUAUUCCCUUUAUUUGACUCUUUAUAAGAUGGACAUCUCUCUAAGACGGACACUUAGUGCCGGUCCCAAAGGUGUCCGUCUUGGAGAGAGUUGACUGUAUAAUAUUGAAUAGAACAUUACAUGGUCGCUUGGAGAUACGAAAUUUCUCUUCUCGUGUUGAAAAAAUAUUUCACUCAUUUGCUGCUCUCACUCGUGAAAUACUUUUCAACACUCAAGAGAAAUUUCGUAUCUCCGCGUGGCCAUGUAAUAUCCUCUAUUUACCACACUCUUGUUACAGUUUAUAACAAAUAUGGCUAUUUUCACACUACACCAUAUUGCCUUUGGGCCAACAUGAAAACCAUACUGGACAGGGCUUCCUGUUCAAACAUAAGAACAGUGAUUUUGGCACAGAGUAAAGCUGCCCCUCCCCCGAUCUUUAAAGUGGAGAGUCACAUUUCGGAUAGGUGUUCACCAUCUGGUAUAGUGUCAACAUAAGCCUAAGUUUCACUUCUGUUGAUACUUACAAACUCACUACUUAUAGGUCGUGUAUGCAAUGUUUAGUCUUUCAGAUCUCUUAGUUGGUGCGCCAUUUUUCUCUGACAAUACACAUCCUGAGCAAGGAAGAGUUUAUGUGUAUGAAAACAGAGGAGGUGGAGACAUGAAAUUAGCUUAUGAGUUGCCAGGCAUCUUUAGGAUCGAUAAAUGGAGAGCUAACUUUGGGCGGGCAAUCGCUGCUGUUGGAGACAUCGAUCUGGAUGGAUUUCAAGGUAUAGAACACUCAGAUUAAAGACUGUUUAGUUUUUUUUCUUUAAGAGCUGUUUUGCAUACAUUUACUAGUGUUUUCUAGCUUUGUCUGACAUUUUUUCAGGGCACUUUUACCAUUAAUUUAUCUCUAGACCCCAUUUAAUGCAUUUUGCUAAGCUGCAAUAAUAUUUAUUAAAUUGGCUUAAUAGGCAGUGUUAUAAGAGCAUGAUUGAGCCCAUUAUUCCCCUCCCUGACAAUGAUAUUUGUGGGGAAGGAAUGUGUGAGGAGGACCAGAAAGCUCUUACUUAUCCUGUUACUGCUGCAGGGCUCUCAGCAAAUGGGUACUUGAUUGCAGAGAGAGAGGUUGUGGGUUUGAUUCCUUGGACUGGGCCAAAACUAAGUGUCUUAAAAUAACUGAGAAAUGAAGGUACAAGGUGUACUGUGUUUGCCCCGGAAACAGGUAGACUUUCACUUGGCUUAAAUGACCGUGUAAAAAUAAGUAUUAUCCUCAAUUAGCAUAUAUUGUUAAAGGAAGGUUGAUGUUAUUCUUCUUGGAGCUAAAAGAAUUUGGCCUGUUGCUCUAAAUGCACAUGCGCGUUAGCACCCUCUAGGUUAAGUUUUUCGAAAGACGGGUGGUGCUAAUUGAGGGUUCAUUACCAUGACAACUCGUAUCCCCGGCUUGCAGUUAAUCUAGGCGAACUGCUCACUUGGCUCGGAAAACCUAGACGCUGAUCGCUUAACUUUAUCACAACUACUUAACAAUAAUUAUGGUUCUUUAUUUCAGAUGUAGCCAUUGGUUCUCCAUACGAGGGUAAUGGUGAAGGCGUGGUCUAUAUCUACAGGGGCUCAAAAAAUGGUCUUGUUACAACACCGAUGCAGGUAAAAUGGAAUUUUGACUUUGGCCCGAGUAAAACGACUUCUAUAAUUCGCAGUGGGAUUGAUAAAUUUAAAUAAAAUAGCAAAAAACGAAAUGAAUUCGGUAGGUGUAGUUAACUGACAUCAUCGUGAAAAUAGACUAUUAUUUUAAGUGGCUCGAGUUUAGGAACGUGACUGCACUAAACCAUUCCAUGCAACUGCAUUUUUUUUUCCAUUGUUGUUUAGGUGAUUGAAGGUUCCACUGUCUCGUCUGGUAUCAAAUCAUUUGGAUAUUCAAUAUCCGGGUCAUUAGACAUGGAUGGUAAUGGAUAUCCAGGUAUAUGAAUUAUCUUGUGUCAUGCGCGUAGACAGAAAUAGAUAACUAUUUCUUGUAUCUUGUUUUAUCUUCAAAAAGUGUAUGCCAAGCUUUCGUGGCAAUUUAAGUCUGAAAAUAUUAUCUGUUUUGCAGAUAUUCUUGUUGGAGCUUACCAGUCGGAUACUGUGGUCCUACUUAGGUAAGCUUUAUUAAGACAUUCACUUCUAUUGCCAGAUGGAAAGCCUACUUGCUACACAUUACAGUGUAACCUUGACAUACAAACUUCUAUAUAACGAAGUCCUCAGUAGUAUAACGAACAAUUUUAUUUACCCCAGUAAUAGUAAAGUUCGUUAUUUCGAGGUUUCACUGUACUAGUUGCUUUUCUUUUUCUGACUCAACCCUCCAUUCCCCUAUCAAUCACGUUUUUUGUUGAUCACACACCUUUCAUGGACAGACGUCUAUUUUGGACAGACUCCAAAGGAAUUAGCCUCGGUGUGAAGACCCUUUUUGGACGAACAACUGAAGGAGCACAUCUGGGUUGGCCACUUAGAGAGGCAAUUUCUCUGACAGACGUGUGAAACAUCAUAAUGCUUAUUGAACAUUCAGGCACGGCAUUUUGGAAUAUUUUUUAACCCUUUUAAAUCCUAAGAUUGACCAACAGCAGUUUUCUUUUAACAAGAUCAGAAAUGAUGAAUUGAUCAUCGAAUGGGAAAUGCGUUGAUCCUUUAUCUAGCCUGCCAGCAAGCUCUCCGGGGCGCUCUGGCGGUGGGGCGGGAAAAGGAAGGAGAGCUUCCUUCUACGUCUCUGGAAUUUGAAUUCCACCUCUAAUUCCCCUGUGGCUCCCCUUCGACUGAGCUGUCAGAUUUCUGCCAAUCAGCGCGAAGCGGAAACGAGCGCGAAUGUAAACAAACAUUGAAAAACACGUGCCAAGGGUAAUGACGUCAUUACUAAUGUCAUCUCCGCCAAUCAGCUUUUUCACUCGACUUUUUCGAUGCCGAUAUUCAAAUUCCAGAGACGUAGUUGCAAGCUCUCCUUCGUUUUUCCGCCCCGCCGCAAGAGCGCCCCGGAGAGCUUGCUCGCAGGCUAUCUUUAUCAAGCUCUUUAAACAGUUCAUAAAGUGAUUGUACGGAGUUCAGUGUGGAGAAUUUGUAUGUGGAUAUUGAGGCUUAAAUGGUAAAACAGUGACAGUGGCUUGUGUUGUUUUUAGAUCUAAGGCCGUCAUCUCGCUUUCAUCAACCGUCACGAUCAGCCCGAGCACUUUUGACAUUAAAGGCAACCCCACCUGUAAUGAGACUAACGAUGGGAAUGUUAAAUUUGAAACGUUAUGGUGAGUAUUGCAUGUUUCUUAACCCGUUGAUACUUAACUGCCUAGGCUAGGUAAAGUACACUGUAGCUAAAUUUUCACCAGGAACAAGUAUUGCAAGGAAAGUUUUGAUAGUUGCGCUUCAUUUUGUCUAUAAGAUGGUCUUAGUUUUCCUCUCUGUUGUUUCGUGGCUGGGCAAUUUGCUACUUUAGAAACGAAGGCUUUAGAAGACUUCUCGCACUGUUACAAGGGACAGGGAAAAAAACUGGCCAAUAGCUGACCAGUGCGUUCCCAGUAAAGAUUCCUGAAACAGCUGCGGGACACAUUACAGCUUCAUUACCCUUCUCGUUUGUAAAGUGGCGAAUUUCAAAAAUAUACCUUAAGCUUAAUAUUCCGCUAAUUGUUUUUUCGUAUUUGUGUUUACAACUGUUAGCUUCUUGAUUACUAUUUGUACCAAGUACACUGAAAGAUCUGGAAACGUCAGCGAUAUAAUUGGUAAGUCUUACAGAACUUCACAGAACGAGGAACAACUUUGUAGACCUGAAGUCUUGUCAAGUAAUAGUAAGAAAGUGGAAAAUUUUUCAUCUUUUGCACCAGCGUGUGAGCUUGUUUUCAGUUUUGCCUCGAGAUAGUUCACACGUAUGUUUGCUAGUGCUUGUGGUAGCGUUUGCGUAGCCUUCUCGCGAUAUGAUUGGAUGAGCAAACGCGCGCCACCUUGUCAGCCAAUCAGGCAUAUCUUCAUAAUUAAUGCUGGCGCCCUCUCGGGCAUUUUCCCGCGCUUUGCUUUGGGUGCGUAUAUUUUCUCAAAUUUGAUUGGUUUGUGGGAUUACCUGCAUCAUUCUGCGUCAUAAAUUAUUUUUCCAUUUCUGAUUGGCCCCAAUCCCAUGUCUAAUUCUUCAUAAUCAGCUUCAUAACCUUUCUCUCCUUGAAACUUAAAAGCUUCUUCAGGUAGACAGGGGCGGCACCAAAGAGAGCUCGGUGGACAAGUAGCAGUUAAAAAAGUAUCUAUCUAUCUAUGUUCUAUGAGAUGUGGGUUUGCUGCAAAUAAACGUCCCCCUGUCUCAAAGAAAAACAAAGCCUUUUACCAGGACCUUUUAUCACAAACUGUUUUUUUUUUAUAGAUGUUAUGCUGAUUAUGACUUCCGAUAUUGACUAUGCUGAACCAUUGAAGCGAGUUCUGUUUAGUUCAAAUAAAAAGGAGGAGAUAAACAGGACAGAACGUGUGACCCCGACUCAAAAAUGCUUUGACGUGAAGGCUUAUCUCAGGGUGAGUAUGGCUACAAAAGCAGGCAUACACAUGAAAUUGAAAACAGUAAAGCAAUAUUGAUUUCAGGUGAUGUUACACGAGACCAUUCGCGACGGCGAUUUUAGGCGCAACACAGCGUUGCAAUGUUGAAACAACGUUGCAAACCAUUCGAUUCAAUGUCGCAACAAUGUUGCUACGUUGUGUUGCGCUGAAAAUCGUCAUUGCGAAUCGUCCCGUGUAACAUCGCCUUUACGGUCUUUGUUGUCUUAACCAACAUUCCAUGUCUUAAGCCCUAAAAUCCAGUCCACCAGAUAAACAAAGAUAUCCUCGUCUCUGACCCGCCGGGAUUAUAUCCUCAGUGGGAAAAGCAAUGCUUUUAUUCUUUUGUCUUCAUGUUAAUUUGCUCUCAGUGUCUCGUUUCGAGGCUGUAGAUGCAAUCGAGGCAAAGAGGCCUAAUUAACAUAAAUAUAAAAGAAAAGUAACAUCUCCACCAUCUUGAAAUUGAAAAAUACCAUAACAUACCAUAAUGCUCUGUGUUUGUCGCCCCAAAAUUCUGCAUAAGCAUUAUUUUUAGUCUCUCUUGGGGCCACUUUAACUCCCAAGAGAAACUGAAGACAAUGCUUAUGCAAAGUUUUGGGGUAUCAAACAAAGGGCGUUAUGGUGUGUUAUGGUAUUUUCUGCAGUGGUCAAUAAGGUGUUUACAAGGCUUGUUUUAUUUGGUGAUUCACAGGAAGGAGUUCUCGAUAUCUUUCCUGACAUUAAGUUCAAACUGACCUACAAAAUUGUGGAGAAGGCUGUGGUCACUCCUAGCAGCCCUACAGACGUUCCGUCCCUUGUGCCAUACUCUGUUUUGGAUCCUCUACAGAUACAAGAAGUCACAUCAGUGGUGAGUUAGCCUUUCACUGUCUUCUGUGAAUAAGGGCCUUUAUUUGAAAGCUGUUACGACAGCGACGGCAACGAAAGCGUCAGAAACAAUAAGAGAGGUUUUCAGUGUAAACAAUUGGUUGUUUGCCAUUUACGCGGGCGAACCGGUCGGUUUAAAUGGUUCGCAAAGUUCAGGACUGGUAAAUUUCGUCCCGGAAUCACGUUUACCAUUUGCACAAAUCAGUUCCAUUUACCGUAAAACGGCCGCAAAAACCUGAAACUAAUAUAAAAAAAAGCCCUCGAAGAAGAAUUUCCGUUUGGAACAUUCCGACCUUUGAACUUGGGCGCUUUCUAGUCAAUUAAAUCUUUCGAAUACUUGGAAACAGCGGCAAAUGGUACAGAAAUUUCCCGGAAAAGUUUUCAGAAAUUCCAGGAGCAAAGUUGAAUGGAAACAAAACUUUCAGGAAAUAAAUUUCCCAAAUUUGGGUAUACCUCGCGAGGUUGUCUUUUUUUGGGAAAUUUUGUAAAAUACUGUUCCAUUCGCUACUUGAAGUUGCCGAAAAUUCAAACCGGACGUUUUGGUGGAAUGGAAAGCGCCCAGGACUUCCUUUUCAGACGUUCCGUUGCUCCCGGAAGCGAACAGAAGAAUCGUGUUCCAUUUACUUUCCGACUGGAUUUUCCGGGAACUUUUUGUAAAUGGUAAACAACCAACAACUCUGCACGUGAAUCACACUUUUUGGUACAUUCUUUUACCGUCCUCCGCUGAGCUACGAUGUGAAAUUCCUAAUGUGGUGUUAAAGCAGGGCGUAAACAGAUGAGGACGUAUUUUUCUUCAUCGUUUCAAACUUGAUUGUAGUACCUAACAAUUCAUUCCCAGGAAAAUUCGCCAGCGUUUUGACAAGUUUUGCGAGGUGGAAUAAUCAUUAGGGAGCUUACACGAGGGAAGUGAAACAUCACUAAAAAAAUGAAUUUGCGCUCUCUCCUUCCUCAUCGUGCUCACUUUACGCCACUCAGUUAAUCAAAUUUAUAGGCAAUUUGUCCUGGAGUCGUAAUCUUAAGGACUAUUAGCAAAUUAAAAACAGAGAGGAAAACUCGUCGUUGUGUGUUUACGUCCUCCAUGACCCAUGCAGGAGCAGGUCUAUUACUUGCUUAUAAUUGUUUGUUAUGGUUUGUUUUUGUUUUUGUUUGUCUCUUUUUGUCGUCCUCGUCGUGCUUGAUUUAUCUCCUCGCUGACAAAAGUGGUGGUUUCUUAAGCUCUGUAAACAAGUUCAGGUCACGGUCACAGUGUUUCACUCGGAUUUUGCUGCGCUUGGGUUGUAAAUGAAAAUCAGCGUUUCCUUAUUUUUAAGCAACCUUUAACCAUCAGUUUUAUUUCUCUGUUUUUUUUAGCUGAAAUUCAAAAGGGACUGUGAGAAAUGUGUUCCAGAUUUGGAACUUGAUGACAGCAGCAGCAAAAGGUGAGUUUUGAAGAAUUCGUGACAUGUGUCUUGCAGAAUAAUGAAUGAAGCUAAGGACUCUGUGGUGUUGCGUCGGUUGGGGAUUGAAUCAAAAAUUUCCUGUCAUCAAAUUGUAAAUAGUAGACUGGCCACCGAAACUCAAGAGAUUCAGUCGCAGUGGUUCUUUUUUCAGUGUCCUUCUUUUCCUUUGUAUCAACUCAGCAGGUUGAUGAAACCAAUUUUUUGUGCCAUUUUCUUUUUUCUUUCACUUUGUAACCAAUGAUAGAGCGCUGUUAUGUAAAAAGUUUCAUUGUUGUCGUGACGAAGUUGCCAAUGAGAGUGCUCUGUUAGAAAAACAGUUGCAUUGUGAGACGUCAUGUGACUUCAAAUUAGCCAAUGAGAGAGCGCGUUGUCGGUGAACAGUCUCGUUGUUACUUGUCAUGUGAUUUUAAAGUAGCCAAUGAGAACGCGCUGUUGGUAAUAAUGUCAUUUGUUUCUUGUUCAUAGGACACUAGCUGUGGGUGCUGAAGUUUAUAAGUUGGAAGUCACUGUUAAGAACAAAGGAGAUGACGCGUACAAUGCUAAACUGUAUGUCGAUAUUCCCAAAGGAAUCAGCGUGCGUCAAAGAGGAGUCUUUAGAGUCGAUGGAGAUAAAGUAAGUUGCGAGAAGGAUUCACAUAAAAAGACCAUAGCCCUUGAGAGUAGGAGAAAUUGCACUGUAAGACGGUAGUGGCUACAAUUGGCGACAGGAUUGUUGAGAUAUUAUCCUCAAUUGGGGUAACUUCGGAGAACUAAACAGUCCACAUACCCUCCCCUCCCCUCCCCUCCCCCCUCCAUUCAAAGUUCGAUUGUAGAACGAACAGCGGCACAAAGUUGCAUGGAGGGGGUAAGGAGGGAAAGCUUUAUUUUCUCUUUUUUAAGUUUGCAAAAGUCUCAACUAAUUUUGUCGAUGAUCGUAGCUUGUAUAGUUCAAAAGAAUACCCCAUGAAACAUUUACGGCUAUUAUUUUAUAUUAAUGUUGCAUUAUUUUAUUUCAGUUAAUUGUAUUUUCCCUCGUUUCAAAUUCGUUAGUAUACAUUACCAUACCCAAAAACAAUGGAAAAAUAAAAAUUAACUGAGAUAAAAAAGUAACUACAACUUUAAGCCUACCUAAGCUGAUCUGUCCAGUCUGGCUAUAAAAGUUUUGGUUAUAAAAAUCCCGAAUGAUUCGAGUUAGAGACUCCCAAUGUUCUGGCAUUUCCCUUCUUUCUCGGAACUGUCAACUAUGAGUCAGGCAGGGUUCUCCAGUACAUUUCAAGUAAUGGAAGACAGGCACAGUGCCGCAGCAGCUGUUUGUGGGGGUGUGGGUGGGUAUGGGAUGGAGGCUGCCCCCGCCUUCCUUUGCGGUCGAGUCCAAAAGCCUUCACUGCGAAAGGUUUAAUUAUGGGGCCAUUAAAACUGCAUUUCGGGUCUUUUUGAGCGGUCAGGGAAAGAAUUUUGGCCAUGAGGAACGCAAGUUUAUGUACUUGCAUUUUCUCUAUUUUGUAUCACAAUCGUUUUCAUUUAACUGAAGUGCUUAUGUGUACACAGAUUCAUAACUCUACCUCAGAUACUUGGCACUUUCAGGUUACAAUUUAUUCAUUAAUUUUUUUGUUGUUUCAGGCCGAAUGGAUUGGACAAGUAAACGUUGAGGAGAAAAAACUCGGCACAAAUGACACUAAACUGAUCAUCAAAGUAGCAAAUCCUUUAAAAAAAGAGGUUAGUGAGUUUGUAUGAAUGAUCCUUUAAACAAGAUCUAUUCCAUACUUAUUUUUUCUGUAUAUGUUUUGGGAGACAGCUUGCCCGAGCGGUUAGAGCGUUGGACUUGAGAUUCGGAGGUCCCGAGUUUAAGUGCCUCCCCGACCGGUAGCUGAUAGACUUAAAAAAAAUUCCGUAUUUUUGCGUAUUCAAGUACUCGCGAGCAGUAAAACAAAAGGUCUGGAGCGAGGCUGAGAACGGAGUGCGAGACUGGGGCCUAUGGGCGUGUGAGGCCCGCGUGCUUCGCGCGUGUGAGACCCUUAAGCUACGCUAAACCGAUUUUGCGAAAAAAAAAACCGACUGUUUUGCAGUUUAUUAGGUGAAUUUGUUCUUGGUAGUCCCCGAGUUCAAAUCGUCGACCACAGUUGUAAGGAUUUUUAACCCUGUUAUUUUAAAUUUAAAUUAUUUGUUUCAGGGAUUUGCUUGGCUUCACUAGAAUUAGUGCUAUAAAUACUGCCGACGGUAAAUAACGGUAAUUUAUUUUUCCUGUAGUCGGAGAAGUCAUUGCGGAUUGAAUUGGACACUUCAAGAUACAGUGACGAACCAGAUUUCUUGCCAAUAAACAUUUCUACGGACAGGUAUUUCGAUGGUUGUAUUUCGAAAAUCGACGAGCACGCUAGCGAAGCGAACCCGGAAAGGCCCGUGCAAACGGAAACAACAUUGUUGGUUGUUACAUGUUGCGCCAAGUUUGAAAUCGGUCAAACUUUUCAGCCAACAACUCCCAACAUUUCUUUUGUCCCGUGAUCGCCGAAGCGUAGCGCAACAAUGUUGGAUCCGUUUGCACAGCUCUUCCAACAUUGUUGGGGCCACGCAAGCUCAUUACGCAUGGAUUACAAAGACUUGUGGGUUGUAUUCUUCCCACGAUGCACUGCAGGUCCCAACAUUGUUGGGAGUUUUUGCAUCCGUUUGCACACCACUGCUAAUACGCACGCAACAACUCCCAACAUUGUUCGCGCACCUAUGUUGGGAGUUGUUGCGCCCGUUUGCACGCAGCUUAAGAGCAAGCGUGGAGCGCGAGAUAGUCUGACUUCGCACACCUUGCCGGGGGGGGGGUGUAGAGACGGAUGAUAUUCAGACUAAGCGCGAGACUAUUUUCCUUUUCCCCACCCCCUCCCCUUGCGCCAGCGGUCAAUAAAUCCCCACGGUUUUUAUUUCCAUACGCGCGCUCAACGAUCUAAAGAGAAAUUAGAGGGUCUGUGAACAGGCGAGGGGUGUAAUUUUCAUUUCUUGAGAGGGCUUUUGUCCGGUUGAGACACUUGUUUGUUCGAACGAAGCAAAGGUAUGGUCGGACUCAAUCGGACUCAUUACGCGUUUUUAACCUGUGAAUGAAAGGCGAGGGAUUCCCAGGUAGACUGACUCCUGCCAUACCGUAAACCGAUAUGACGCCGGUUUCGUAGCUUAAAAAGGCGAGUAAAAUUCAGAAAGUGUUUUGAUAAGCCCCUCUGUUUAUAAGCUCUCCUAAAUCCCCUUACGAAGUUAUUGAAGCCUAGGGCUUACAUGUGGAAACAUUUUGCUUCAGUUGAAAUGCAUGUAUAAUUAAGUGUCUGUGAUGAGUAAAGAUGGAAUUGAAUUUACGAGGAUAGCUUAAUUGUAACGUAAUACAUUAAACAACUACUUUCGUUAGCCUUUGAAAGUGAAUUGUUCACUUUUUUGCAGCACAAAUGAAGAGGAAAAUGCAACCCUAGCAGACAACUUUAGAUUCUUGAAUAUUUCUAUCAAAUCUCAAGCUGACCUAGAGGUUAAUGGGUAAGUGCUAUAAACCAGCUAACUUUGUCGACACACUCGCCUUCACGGUUCAUUUCUACCACCUUAUAUCUGUUUUUGGCACAACUAUUAUUAGACAGAAAUGUUCAAUCAUUGGCGAACAAAUUAAGGUCAUUAAUAGAUAACGUAGAACCAGAAGGUUAUUUUAAUAAGAGUGUACCUUAUCACAUGACGUGUUUAUUUCGCGAUUUUUUUUGUAUCGCGAAAUUCGCGAAGUUAACGAAAAUUUCAUGUAAUAAGGUAGUAUUUUUAAACACCCGUCCCUUCAAUAUAGCUUUUAGCGCUAACAAGAGUCGAGGUUCACCUCCAGGAGGAAGUCCUGAGCGACCUUAAAUUUUAAACCCUUAGCUUUAAACUCCCUGCAGUAAAUUCUUAAAAAAAACUGAUCGAAAAAGAGCUUCAGGGCAGGAAAAAAAUCCAAUUGCGCAGUGGGCAAGUAAAUUUCAGCUGAGUUUUCACUUGCCGCCACUUAAAUAUUACUUUUCCGAAGGGAACACAAUGCCUUACCAUCUACAGUUUUAAGGUACUGUCUAUAAUAAGUCACAAAGUGUAUAAGAUUGCUCAAUACUUAAAUGGUGUGCCAGAUACAGAGUAACUAGUGGAUUUGACCGAUAUGGUGACCGGAGGAGUACAUGAGCAAGCAGAUGUGCGCUUGGAUUUUAAACUGAUUCAUGCUUUCAACUAAUUGUAUCACUCACCUUGCAGUUUUAAGUUUUGAAAUAGUUUCUGUCUGGAAAUUAUCAUUUACCAAGCUGAUACUUUCAAACUUCACUUCAGUUUACCAAACUUCUAUUUUUACUUGCCCAAGAUCAAAAUUUUCUUGCCCCGGGCAAGCGGGUUAUUUCCAUCCCCGAGUUUGUGGGUGGAAUGUUCAAAGGUGGUCAUUUUAAUACUGCACUUAAUGCUACGCCAGUGUUGUGUAGAAUUGCACCAUGAGGGUGUUUUGGGGACGCUAUCACCGCAUUCUUUGGCCACUACGAGGAUGGACAGGAAACUGGGUCAAAAUUCGUCCCCAUAAACAGUCCCACAGUGCAAUUCGACUCAACUCUGACCCAGUCUUACGCGCAACCUCAAAAUUAUCCAGUUCAGGAACUCUAGGGAGAAUGGGUUCAAGCUUUAGGCGCAGUAGUUUCUGGAAUUAUUUGGGUGGACAAGCCCUCAGUAAUGAUUGGUCGAUGGUAUUCGAGUCAACCAUUAAAAAAUCAGAAGUAACGCCUUUCCACCCACAGGAUCCCAGAAAUCAUUGUGCCAAAAGCUUGUACCCAUUCUCCUUAUAGUCUCUGCAGUGGAGAUUGGCAAAUUUGUUUGUGCGCAAUGUUUUAUAUCAUACUGUCAAGUUCAUGUUGACUUCCAAUUCAAGCUACAGGAGAUUCUGUUUCCCUGAAAGUUGAUCUGCAUUUUUUUUACUAGUUCGACUGUUGAAGAACAAGUAUCAUACGGUGGGGAAGUUGUUGGAGAGAGCGCCAUGAAACGUGUUGAAGACAUUGGAAAUGAAGUUAUUCACAAAUACUAUGUAUGGGCCCCGUAAUGUGCGAAGUAUUUUCUUUAGUCUUACCCUAUGCGCAGAGAAAAUUGAAAUAUUUUUGAACCUGUUGGAAUCUCAACAAACGCUUGAAGGUCGUCUUGAAUUUUUUUUAAAAUUUUCAGUGGCUUUAUCAGCCCUUCGUCAGAGUGAAACUGAGGAUUGUGAGUUAUCUUUGGUGGAACAUUGUGAACAUGUAUAUAUUGGGAUCAGUUUAGAAUUCUCUGAGUUUCAUAAACCUGUCGAUCCGUUAAAACCCCUUGUAACGAUUUUGAACGUAAUGGCCUUUCUGCAAACCUAACUUAAAACUAUCACUACCUCUUAGCACUCUAAAUUCAUCCUUGCUCUCUUGGAAACUCAUUUUCACCUAAACCUUGUGUUUUUGUGUUUGCAUCUUAAAAUUGCUGAUCGAUAUGAAUGUUUAUGCAACUCAAUUUUAAGGUGAAAAACCGCGGCCCAGAUCCAAUCCCUUCAAGUGAAAUCGUUAUUCACUGGCCUUUUGAAGCAACCAGCGGCAAACAUUUACUUUAUCUUAUAGACGUUCAGGUGAGAUAUGUAAGUUAUUGACCAUUCAUGAGGUCCACACCAUCAUCAUAUUUAGGAUACAGUAAAUUCUCUAUUUAGUCUCCCUCUCAUAUCAGCCUCUCUCCCCUCUUCCCUUAUUAUUCUUCACUAAUAAAUUAUAGACUCUAUUAAUCAAUCACACCUAAGUCUUCAUGUGCACUGAUCCCGUAUGGUUUAUUCAGGUGCUGGAAGUUCGGAUUUGUUUUUGAUCUUCGCCUGCGGGAUCUCCAGCUUAAUGCACUUGACCUGUUACACUUAGUGUUCUAGAGUUUUUAAGGAGAACUUAUAUCAUCAUCUUUGUAAAAUUAAUAAGCUCCCCCGUUUCCAUUAAGCCCGUGCUUGAAAUGAGUAAGCCCCCACGAGGGGGGGGGGGGGGGGGCGUAAUAGAGGAUUUACGAUUUGAUGCUAACAAUGGCUUUUUCUCACUUAUUUAGUUUGAUGGCAAAAGAGUAGAUUGCGACUUCAAACCUGGACAGUUAAAUCUGUUACGAUUGCAGGUAACUACUGAAAAAAGUCGGUUUAUCUUAACUUCCCCUUCCGCUUUCGUUAAUUCCGGAAGUGACAUCACCAGACCCAGUUCUUUUGCUCGCUGUCAGUCUUACAAGGCGUGGUUUAAAUACAAUUAUUAUUCAUUCAAAAUGUUUCUCCGUUUCUGAUUGGCUAAAAGCACACGCAUAAUUCACCAUAACCAGCUAUUGUUGACCACAUUUGGAAGAAUUUUGCGAUUAAUCAACCGAUGACGUCAAUUUUACUUCGGGUCAGUUUCGGAAUUCUUCGGAAUUUGGAAAUUAAAUUCGGGAAUCUUUCUUCUUCGUAUUAUCGUCGUCGGUUACGUCCGAAGCUUCGGAAGUACGUCAUUUGCACGAUGACUUCAUUGUACUACUACAACCAGAACCUUAAAGGUUUUGCUUUCUUGUGCAAAUUAGGGCUUUUGUUAUUUAGAGCGGUUUUCACUUGACUGUCGAAAGGGAUUGGUUUUGGUUUUGGUUUUGGUUUUACUACGCCCUUUGGUUGGCUAGUGUAUUUACUUUGGUUUUGGUUUUACGACAGUCAAGUGAAAACCGCUCUAAACCUUGCCGGGAUUACCAAAUUCAAAUAUGAAGGAAAAACAUAAUGGAUUCUGGUGGUAGUAGUAAAAUAACGCCAUCGUGCAAAUGGUCUAUUGGUGAUGGUCUUCGAAGUACUUCAACUGCGAAUAUCAGUGUGGCAGGAGACUGAGGCCCGGUCCAGACGCCGAACUUUUCAUGAGCCGAACCAUAUACAUUGAAUUAAGUAUCUGAAAAGUUCGGCGUCUGAAUCAAUUAGAAACGCCGGUUUCAAUUUGCAUGUGCAUGAGCACAUUUCGUUUGUAUUUUCGAGCGCUUUUCGGGACAUUUUUUCUUAAAGUUUUCCUAGAAUAAGAUUGUAAUGGGAAAAAAGAUCCUUGUGCCGUGUUUGGAUGUCAUAAUGAUCGCCUUUUUCCCGAGAAAUAUACAGUGAAAGAUCCUAUUUCUAAUACUAAACUAGAAAAAGGCGAUCAUUAUUACAUCCAAACACGGCACAAGGCACAAUGUCCCGAAAAGCGCUCGAAAAUACAAACGAAAUGUGCUGAUGCCCCCUGGGCAUCCUAUAAUACUCUUUAAAUCGAAUUAAUUCAAUAUGGUCGCCGUAUGGAUAAAAAGGUCUAAGAACGUCAUUUUGUUGAAUCUUCUUUAAUUUAUGAAACCAAAGCGUUUAAAUGAAAACUAGUUUACAAUCACUUACACAUUUAUUUUGUUCAACCAGACUUCAAGUGCUAUCUAUGGGAAACAACAAAACGAUACUUCAGGUGACGAAGUCAAGACACGUAGAAGACGUGAAGCUGAUGACAACCAAAAGACGCCAAAUUCAAAGGUCAAAAGAGAAGCAGAGCCUGUCCAAGACAAACCUCAAACUGAACUGGUGAUAUAAUAAUCUUGGUUUAUAGUCAAUUAUUUUCGCCUUUUUCGCUUAAUAAUCACUGCAGAUUCUGCGAAAGGAAAGAAGGACGUAAACAAAGAAAUCACUAAUUAAAAAAUUAUGCACUGUGUAUGAAUUAAAAUAAUUAGCAUAAUGUCUUACUUGGUCCUUUAUAAUAGUAGUAACAAUAAUAAUAAUUCCGUUUUUAACCACGGCAGUAUUUAUAGGACUAAUGCUACUGGGCCCGAACAAAUGUCUGAAAACCUAAUUCAAAUUGAACUUAACAGGGUCAGUGAAAGACCCGCUGUCCAUUAAUAUGAUCCACAGAUCCACCGUUCUAGCAAUCUAUCGAUCCAUCGGUGUACACAUCCUUCGAUCUAGCAAUAACCUAAACUACAGAUCCACCGAUCUAUCGAUCCAUCGAUCUACAGAUCUACUGAUCCACUGAUCUACAAAUCCACCAAUCUAGCGAGCUAGCGAUCCAUUGAUCUACUGAUCCAUUGACCUACCUAUCUAGCAAUCUACCGAUCCAUAGAUCUACAGAUCCACCGAUCUCGCGAUCCAUCGAUCUACUGAUCCACUGCUCCAUUGAUGUACCGAUCUAGCAAUCUACCGAUCCAUACAUCUACAGAUCCACUGAUCCAUUGAUCUACAGAUCCACCGAUCUAGCGAUCCAUGGAUGUACAGAUCCACCGAUCUAGUGAUCCAUAUAUGUACAGAUCCACCGAUCUACCGAUCCAUCCGUCUAUAGAUCCACUAAUCCAUUCAUCUACAGAUCUAACGAUCUACCGAUCCAUCGAUCUAUAGAUCCCCUAAUCCAUUGAUCUAUAUGUCUAGCGAUCUACCAAUCUAUGGAACUAUAGAUCUACUGAUCCAUUCAUUUACAGAUUCCCCGAUCUACCGAUCUAGCGAUCCAUCGAUCCAUUGAUCUACAGAUCCACCGUUCUAGCAAUUCAUCGAUCUACUGAUCCAUUGAUCUAGCGAUCUAUCCCUCCAUCGAUCUACAGAUCUACUGAUCCAUUGAUCUACAGAUCCACCGAUAUACCCAUCCAUUGAUCUAUAGAUCUACUGAUACAUUGAUCUACAGAUCCACUAAUCUAGCGAUCCAUCGAUCUACUGGUCUACUGAUCCAUUGAUCUACAGAUCCACCGAUCUAGCGAUCUAGCCAUCCAUCGAUCUACCGAUCUACUGAUCCAUUGAUCUAGCGAUCUACCGAUCCAUAGAUCUAAAGAUCUACUGAUCUAUUGAUCUACAGAUCCAACGAUCUAGCGAUCUAUCGGUCUACAGAUCUAUUGAUCUACAGAUCCACCGAUCUAGCGAUCUACCGAUGUAGUGAUCCAUUGAUCUAGCGAUCUACCGAUCCACAGAUCUACUGAUCCAGCGAUCUAGCGAUCUACCAAUCUACUGAUCCAUUAAUCUAGCGAUCUACCCAUCCAUACAUCUACAGAUCUUCUGAUCUAUUGAUAUACAGUUCCACCGAUCUAUCGAUCCGAGGAUCUAUAGAUCCACUGAUCCAUUGAUCUACAGAUCUACCAAUAUACCGAUCCAUUGGUAUAUAGAUCUACUGAUACAUUGAUCUACAGAUCCACCAGUCUAGCCAUGUAGCGAUCCAUCUAUCUACUGUUCUACUGAUCCAUUGAUCUACAGAUCCACCGAUCUAGCGAUCUAGCCAUCCAUCGAUCUACCGAUCUACUGAUCCAUUGAUCUAGCGAUCUACCGAUCCAUAGAUCUACAGAUCUACUGCUCUAUUGAUCUACAGAUCCAACGAUCUAUGCCAUCUAUCGAUCUACAGAUCUAAUGAUCCACUGAUCUACAGAUCCACCGAUCUAGCGAUCCAUCGAUCUACCGAUCCAUUGUUUUAGCGAUCUACCGAUGCAUAGAUCUACAGAUCUACUGAUCCAUUGAUCUACAGAUCCAGCGAUCUAGCGAUCUAGCGAUCUAGCGAUCUACUAAUCCAUUGAUUUAGCGAUCUACCGAUCCAUAGAUCUACGGAUCUACUGAUCUAUUGAUCUACAGUUCCACCGAUCUAUCGCUUCAUCGAUCUACAGAUCUUCUCAUCCAUUGAUUCACAGAUCUAGCGAUCUAUCGAUCCAAGGAUCCAUAGAUCCCCUUAUCCAUUCAUCUACAGAUCUACCAAUAUACCGAUCCAUUGAUCUAUAGAUCUAAUGAUACAUUGAUCUACAGAUCCACCAAUCUAGCGAUCUAGCGAUCCAUCGAUCUACUGGUCUACUGAUCCAUUGAUCUACAGAUCCACCGAUCUAGCGAUCUAGCCAUCCACCGAUCUACCGAUCUACUGAUCCAUUGAUCUAGCGAUCUACCGAUCCAUAGAUCUACAGAUCUACUGAUCUAUUGAUCUACAGUUCCACCGAUCUAUCGCUUCAUCGAUCUACAGAUCUUCUCAUCCAUUGAUUCACAGAUCUAGCGAUCUAUCGAUCCAAGGAUCCAUAGAUCCCCUUAUCCAUUCAUUUACAGAUCUACCAAUAUACCGAUCCAUUGAUCUAUAGAUCUAAUGAUACAUUGAUCUACAGAUCCACCGAUCUACAGAUCUAGCGAUCCAUCGAUCUACUGGUCUACUGAUCCAUUGAUCUACAGAUCCACCGAUCUAGCGAUCUAGCCAUCCAUCGAUCUACAGAUCUACUGAUCCAUUGAUCUACAGAUCCAGCGAUCUAGCGAUCUACCGAUCUACUAAUCCAUUGAUUUAGCGAUCUACCGAUCCAUAGAUCUACGGAUCUACUGAUCUAUUGAUCUACAGUUCCACCGAUCUAUCGCUUCAGCGAUCUACAGAUCUUCUGCUCUAUUGAUCUACAGUUCAACCGAUCUAUCGAUCCGAGGAUCUAUAGAUCCACUGAUCCAUUGAUCUACAGAUCUACCAAUAUACCGAUCCAUUGAUAUAUAGAUCUACUGAUACAUUGAUCUACAGAUCCACCAAUCUAGCCAUGUAGCGAUCCAUCUAUCUACUGUUCUACUGAUCCACUGAUCUACAGAUCCACCGAUCUAGAGAUCUAGCGAUCCAUCGAUCUACUGGUCUACUGAUCCAUUGAUCUACAGAUCCACCGAUCUAGCGAUCUAGCCAUCCAUCGAUCUACCGAUCUACUGAUCCAUUGAUCUAGCGAUCUACCGAUCCAUAGAUCUACAGAUCUACUGCUCUAUUGAUUUACAGAUCCAACGAUCUAUGCCAUCUAUCGAUCUACAGAUCUAAUGAUCCACUGAUCUACAGAUCCACCGAUCUAGCGAUCCAUCGAUCUACCGAUCCAUUGUUUUAGCGAUCUACCGAUGCAUAGAUCUACAGAUCUACUGAUCCAUUGAUCUACAGAUCCAGCGAUCUAGCGAUCUAGCGAUCUACUAAUCCAUUGAUUUAGCGAUCUACCGAUCCAUAGAUCUACGGAUCUACUGAUCUAUUGAUCUACAGUUCCACCGAUCUAUCGCUUCAUCGAUCUACAGAUCUUCUCAUCCAUUGAUUCACAGAUCUAGCGAUCUAUCGAUCCAAGGAUCCAUAGAUCCGCUUAUCCAUUCAUCUACAGAUCUACCAAUAUACCGAUCCAUUGAUCUAUAGAUCUAAUGAUACAUUGAUCUACAGAUCCACCAAUCUAGCGAUCUAGCGAUCCAUUGAUCUACUGGUCUACUGAUCCAUUGAUCUACAGAUCCACCGAUCUAGCGAUCUAGCCAUCCACCGAUCUACCGAUCUACUGAUCCAUUGAUCUAGCGAUCUACCGAUCCAUAGAUCUACAGAUCUACAGUUCCACCGAUCUAUCGCUUCAUCGAUCUACAGAUCUUCUCAUCCAUUGAUUCACAGAUCUAGCGAUCUAUCGAUCCAAGGAUCCAUAGAUCCCCUUAUCCAUUCAUUUACAGAUCUACCAAUAUACCGAUCCAUUGAUCUAUAGAUCUAAUGAUACAUUGAUCUACAGAUCCACCGAUCUAGAGAUCUAGCGAUCCAUCGAUCUACUGGUCUACUGAUCCAUUGAUCUACAGAUCCACCGAUCUAGCGAUCUAGCCAUCCAUCGAUCUACAGAUCUACUGAUCCAUUGAUCUACAGAUCCAGCGAUCUAGCGAUCUACCGAUCUACUAAUCCAUUGAUUUAGCGAUCUACCGAUCCAUAGAUCUACGGAUCUACUGAUGUAUUGAUCUACAGUUCCACCGAUCUAUCGCUUCAGCGAUCUACAGAUCUUCUGAUCUAUUGAUCUACAGUUCCACCGAUCUAUCGAUCCGAGGAUCUAUAGAUCCACUGAUCCAUUGAUCUACAGAUCUACCAAUAUACCGAUCCAUUGAUAUAUAGAUCUACUGAUACAUUGAUCUACAGAUCCACCAAUCUAGCCAUGUAGCGAUCCAUCUAUUUACUGUUCUACUGAUCCAUUGAUCUACAGAUCCACCGAUCUAGAGAUCUAGCGAUCCAUCGAUCUACUGGUCUACUGAUCCAUUGAUCUACAGAUCCACCGAUCUAGCGAUCUAGCCAUCCAUCGAUCUACCGAUCUACUGAUCCAUUGAUCUAGCGAUCUACCGAUCCAUAGAUCUACAGAUCUACUGCUCUAUUGACUUACAGAUCCAACGAUCUAUGCCAUCUAUCGAUCUACAGAUCUAAUCAUCCACUGAUCUACAGAUCCACCGAUCUAGCGAUCCAUCGAUCUACCGAUCCAUUGUUUUAGCGAUCUACCGAUGCAUAGAUCUACAGAUCUACUGAUCCAUUGAUCUACAGAUCCAGCGAUCUAGCGAUCUAGCGAUCUACUAAUCCAUUGAUUUAGCGAUCUACCGAUCCAUAGAUCUACGGAUCUACUGAUCUAUUGAUCUCCAGUUCCACCGAUCUAUCGCUUCAUCGAUCUACAGAUCUUCUCAUCCAUUGAUUCACAGAUCUAGCGAUCUAUCGAUCCAAGGAUCCAUAGAUCCUCUUAUCCAUUCAUCUACAGAUCUACCAAUAUACCGAUCCAUUGAUCUAUAGAUCUAAUGAUACAUUGAUCUACAAAUCCACCAAUCUAGCGACCUAGCGAUCCAUUGAUCUACUGGUCUACUGAUCCAUUGAUCUACAGAUCCACCGAUCUAGCGAUCUAGCCAUCCAUCGAUCUACCGAUCUACUGAUCCAUUGAUCUAGCGAUCUACCGAUCCAUAGAUCUACAGAUCUACUGAUCUAUUGAUCUACAGAUCCAACGAUCUAGCGAUCUAUCGAUCUACAGACUUACUGAUCUAUUGAUCUACAGAUUCACCGAUCUACUGAUCCAUUUAUCUACAGAUCCAGCGAUUUAGCCAUCUACCAAUCUACUGAUCCAUUGAUCUAGCGAUCUUCCGAUCCAGAGAUCUACAGAUCUACUGAUCCAUUGAUCUACAGAUCCAGCGAUCUACCGAUCUACUGAUCCAUUGAUCUAGCGAUCUACCGAUCCAUACAUCUACAGAUCUACUGAUCUAUUGAUCUACAGUUCCACCGAUCUAUUGAUCCAAGGAUCCGUUGAUCUACCGAUAUACCGAUCCAUUGAUCUAUAGAUCUACUGAUACAUUGAUCUACACAUCCACCAAUCUAGCCAUCUAGCGAUCCAUCGAUCUACUGGUUUACUGAUCUAUUGGUCUACAGAUCCACCGAUGUAGCGAUCUAGGCAUCCAUCGACCUACCGGUCUACUGAUCCGUUGAUCUAGCGAUCUACCCAUCCAUAGAUCUACAUAUCUACUGAUCCAUUGAUCUAGCGAUCUACCGAUCUACUGAUCCAUUGAUCUAGCGAUCUACCGAUCCAUAGAUCUACAGAUCUACUGAUCUAUUGUUCUACAGUUCCACCGAUCUAUCUAUCCAUCCAUCUACCGAUCUACUAUUCCAUUGAUCUAGCGAUCUACCGAUCCAUAGACCUACAGAUCUACUGAUCCAUUGAUCUACAGAUCCAGCAAUCUACCGAUCCAUAGAUCUACAGAUCUACUGAUCUAUUGAUCUACAGUUCCACCGAUCUAUCGCUUCAUCGAUCUACAGAUCUUCUCAUCCAUUGAUUCACAGCUCUAGCGAUCUAUCGAUCCAAGGAUCCCUAGAUCCCCUUAUCCAUUCAUCUACAGAUCUACCAAUAUACCGAUCCAUUGAUCUAUAGAUCUAAUGAUACAUUGAUCUACAGAUCCACCAAUCUAGCGAUCCAUCGAUCUACUGGUCUACUGAUCCAUUGAUCUACAGAUCCACCGAUCUAGCGAUCUAGCCAUCCAUCGAUCUAGCGAUCUACUGAUCCAUUGAUCUAGCGAUGUACCGAUCCAUAGAUCUAAAGAUCUACUGAUCUAUUGAUCUACAGAUCCAACCAUCUAGCGAUCUAUCGAUCUACAGACUUACUGAUCUAUUGAUCUACAGAUCCACUGAUCUACUGAUCCAUUGAUCUACAGAUCCAGCGAUUUAGCGAUCUACCGAUCUACUGAUCCAUUGAUCUAGCGAUCUUCCGAUCCAGAGAUCUACAGAUCUACUGAUCCAUUGAUCUACAGAUCAAGCGAUCUACCGAUCUACUGAUCCAUUGAUCUACAGAUACAUUGAUCUACAGAUCCACCAAUCUAGCCAUCUAGCGAUCCAUCGAUCUACUGGUUUACUGAUCUAUUGGUCUACAGAUCCAUCGAUCUAGCCAUCUAGGCAUCCAUCGAUCUACCGGUCUACUGAUCCGUUGAUCUAGCGAUCUACCCAUCCAUAGAUCUACAUAUCUACUGAUAAAUUGAUCUAGCGAUCUACCGAUCUACUGAUCCAUUGAUGUAGCGAUCUACCGAUCCAUAGAUCUACAGAUCUACUGAUCUAUUGAUCUACAGUUCCACCGAUCUAUCGAUCCAUCGAUCUACCGAUCUACUGAUCCAUUGAUCUAGCGAUCUACCGAUCCAUAGAUCUACAGAUCUACUGAUCUAUUGAUGAUCUAAAGUUCCACCGAUCUAUCGAUCCAUCGAUCUACAGAUCUACUGAUCCAUUGAUCCACAGAUCUAGCGAUCUAUAGAUCCAAGGAUCCAUAGAUCCCCUUAUCCAUUGAUCUACAGAUCCAGCGAUCUAGCGAUCUAGCGAUCUACUGAUCCAUGGAUCUAGCGAUCUACCGAUCCAUCGAUCUACCGAUCUAUUGAUCUACAGUUUCACCGAUCUAUCGAUCCAUCGAUCUACAGAUCUUCUGAUCCAUUGAUUCACAGAUCUAGCGAUCUAUCGAUCUAAGAAUCUAUAGAUCUACUGAUCCAUCGAUCUACUGAUCCAUUGAUCUUGCGAUCUACCGAUCCAUAGAUCUACGGAUCUACUGAUCUACAGAUCCAAGGAUCUAGCGAUCUAUCGAUCUACAGAUCUACUGAUCCAUUGAUCUACAGAUCCAGCGAUCUAGCGAUCUACCGGUCCACUGAUUCAUUGAUCUAGUGAUCUACCGAUCCAUAGAUCUACGGAUCUACUGAUCUAUUGAUCUAGCGAUCUAUCGAUCUACAGAUCUAUUGAUCUACGGAUCCACCGACCUACUGAUCCAAUGAUCUACAGAUCCAGCGAUCUACCGAUCUAGUGAUCCAUUGAUCUACAGAUCUACUGAUCCAUUGAUCUACAGUUCCAGCGAUCUACUGAUCCAUAGAUAUACCGAUGUACUGAUCUAUUUAUCUACAGUUUCACCGAUCUAUCGAUCCAUCGAUCUACAGAUCUACUGAUCCCUUGAUCCACAGAUCUAGCGAUCUAUCGAUCCAAAGAUCUAUAGAUCCACUGAUCCAUUGAUCUACAGAUCUGCCGAUAUACCGAUCCAUUGAUCUAAAGAUCUACUGAUGCAUUGAUCUACAGAUCCACCAAUGUAGCGAUCCAUCGAACUACUGUUCUACUGAUCCAUUGAUCUACAGAUCCACCGAUCUAGCUAACUAGCCAUCCAUCGAUCUAGCGAUCUACCGAUCCAUAGAUCUACAGAUCUUCUGAUCUAUUGAUCUACAGUUCCACCGAUCUAUCGAUCUAUCGAUCCAUCGAUCUACCGAUCUACUGAUGUAUUGAUCUACAGUUCCACCGAUCUAUCGAGCCAUGGAUCUACAGAUCUUCUGAUCCAUUGAUUCACAGAUCUAGCGAUCUAUCGAUCCAAGGAUCCAUAGAUCCCCUUAUCCAUUGAUCUACAGAUCCAGCGAUCUAGCGAUCUACUGAUCCAUCGAUCUACAGAUGUUCUGAUCCAUUGAUUAACAGAUGUACCGAUCUAUCGAUCUAAGGAUCUAUAGAUCUACUGAUCCAUCGAUCUACUGAUCCAUUGAUCUAGCGAUCUACUGAUCCAUAGAUCUACGGAUCUACUGAUCUACAGAUCCAAGGAUCUAGCGAUCUAUCUAUCUACAGAUCUAGUGAUCCAUUGAUCUACAGAUCCAGCGAUCUAGCGAUCUGCCGGUCCACUGAUUCAUUGAUCUAGCGAUCUACCGAUCCAUAGAUCUUCGGAUCUACUGAUCUAUUGAUCUACAGAUCCAAGGAUCUAGCGAUCUAUCGAUCUACAGAUCUAUUGAUCUAUUGAUCUACGGAUCCACCGAUCUACUGAUCCAAUGAUCUACAGAUCCAGCGAUCUACCGAUCUACUGAUCCAUUGAUGUAGCGAUCUACCGAUCCAUAGAUCUACAGAUCUACUGAUCCAUUGAUCUAUAGAUCCUUAGAUCGAUAGAUCGCUGAUCUGUGGAUCAAUGGAUCGAUCUGUAGAUCUAUGGAUCGGUAGAUAUAGAUCAAUGGAUCGGUAGAUCGACAGAUCGCUGGAUCUGUAGAUCAUUGGAUCAGUAGAUCGGUGGAUCCGUAGAUCAAUAGAUCAAUAGAUCUAGCGAUCUAUCGAUCUAAGGAUCUAUAGAUCUACUGAUCCAUCGAUCUACUGAUCCAUUGAUCUAGCGAUCUACCGAUCCAUAGAUCUACGGAUCUACUGAUCUACAGAUCCAAGGAUCUAGCGAUCUAUCGAUCUACAGAUCUAUUGAUCCAUUGAUCUACAGAUCCAGCGAUCUAGCGAUCUAGCGGUCCACUGAUUCAUUGAUCUAGCGAUCUACCGAUCCAUAGAUCUACGGAUGUACUGAUCUAUUGAUCUACAGAUCGAAGGAUCUAGCGAUCUAUCGAUCUACAGAUCUACUGAUCCACUGAUCUACUGAUCCAUUGAUCUAGCGAUCCAUCGAUCUACCGAUCUACUGAUCCAGUGAUGUACCGAUCUAGCGUUCUACUGAUCCAUUGAUCUAGCGAUCUACCGAUGCAUCGAUCUACCGAUCUACUGAUCUAUUGAUGUACAGUUCCACCGAUCUAUCGAUCCAUCGAUCUACAGAUCUACUGAUCCAUUGAUCCACAGAUCUAGCGAUCUAUCGAUCUAAGGAUCUAUAGAUCUACUGAUCCAUCGAUCUACUGAUCCAUUGAUCAGGGAUCUACCGAUCCAUAGAUCUACAGAUCUACUGAUCUACAGAUCCAGGAUCUGGCGAUCUAUCGAUCUACAGAUCUACUGAUCAAUGAUCUACAGAUCCAGCGAUCUACCGAUCUACUGAUCCAUCGAUCUGGCGAUCUACCGAUCCAUAGAUCUACAGAUCUUCUGAUCUAUUGAUGUACAGUUCACCGAUCUAUCGAUCCAUGGAUCUACCGAUCUGCUGAUGUGUUGAUCGGUAGAUCUGUAGAUCUAUGGAUCGGUAGAUCGUUGAAUCAAUGGAUCAGUAGAUCGGUAGAUCGCUGGAUCUGUAGAUCAUUAGAUCAGUAGAUCGGUGGAUCCGUGAUCAAUAGAUCAAUAGAUCUGGCGAUCUAUCGAUCUAAGGAUCUAUAGAUCUACUGAUCCAUCGAUCUACUGAUCCAUUGAUCUAGCGAUCUACCGAUCCAUAGAUCUACGGAUCUACUGAUCUACACAUCCAAGGAUCUAGCGAUCUAUCGAUCUACAGAUCUACUGAUCCAUUGAUCUACAGAUCCAGCGAUCUAGCGAUCUAGCGGUCCACUGAUUCAUUGAUCUAGCGAUCUACCGAUCCAUAGAUCUACGGAUGUACUGAUCUAUUGAUCUACAGAUCGAAGGAUCUAGCGAUCUAUCGAUCUACAGAUCUACUUAUCCACUGAUCCAUUGAUCUAGCGAUCCAUCGAUCUACCGAUCCAUCGAUCUACCGAUCUACUGAUCUAUUGAUCUACAGUUCCACCGAUCUAUCGAUCCAUCGAUCUACAGAUCUACUGAUCCAUUGAUCCACAGAUCUAGCGAUCUAUCGAUCUAAGGAUCUAUAGAUCUACUGAUCCAUCGAUCUACUGAUCCAUUGAUCUAGCGAUCUACCGAUCCAUAGAUCUACAGAUCUACUGAUCUACAGAUCCAAGGAUCUAGCGAUCUAUCGGUCUACAGAUCUACUGAUCCAAUGAUCUACAGAUCCAGCGAUCUAAUCCAUUGAUUUAGCGAUCUACCGAUCCAUAGAUCUACGGAUCUACUGAUCUAUUGAUCUACAGUUCCACCGAUCUAUCGUUUCAGCGAUCUACAGAUCUUCUGAUCUAUUGAUCUACAGUUCCACCGAUCUAUCGAUCCGAGGAUCUAUAGAUCCACUGAUCCAUUGAUCUACAGAUCUACCAAUAUACCGAUCCAUUGAUAUAUAGAUCUACUGAUACAUUGAUCUACAGAUCCACCAAUCUAGCCAUGUAGCGAUCCAUCUAUCUACUGUUCUACUGAUCCAUUGAUCUACAGAUCCACCGAUCUAGAGAUCUAGCGAUCCAUCGAUCUACUGGUCUACUGAUCCAUUGAUCUACAGAUCCACCGAUCUAGCGAUCUAGCCAUCCAUCGAUCUACCGAUCUACUGAUCCAUUGAUCUAGCGAUCUACCGAUCCAUAGAUCUACAGAUCUACUGCUCUAUUGAUUUACAGAUCCAACGAUCUAUGCCAUCUAUCGAUCUACAGAUCUAAUGAUCCACUGAUCUACAGAUCCACCGAUCUAGCGAUCCAUCGAUCUACCGAUCCAUUGUUUUAGCGAUCUACCGAUGCAUAGAUCUACAGAUCUACUGAUCCAUUGAUCUACAGAUCCAGCGAUCUAGCGAUCUAGCGAUCUACUAAUCCAUUGAUUUAGCGAUCUACCGAUCCAUAGAUCUACGGAUCUACUGAUCUAUUGAUCUACAGUUCCACCGAUCUAUCGCUUCAUCGAUCUACAGAUCUUCUCAUCCAUUGAUUCACAGAUCUAGCGAUCUAUCGAUCCAAGGAUCCAUAGAUCCGCUUAUCCAUUCAUCUACAGAUCUACCAAUAUACCGAUCCAUUGAUCUAUAGAUCUAAUGAUACAUUGAUCUACAGAUCCACCAAUCUAGCGAUCUAGCGAUCCAUUGAUCUACUGGUCUACUGAUCCAUUGAUCUACAGAUCCACCGAUCUAGCGAUCUAGCCAUCCACCGAUCUACCGAUCUACUGAUCCAUUGAUCUAGCGAUCUACCGAUCCAUAGAUCUACAGAUCUACAGUUCCACCGAUCUAUCGCUUCAUCGAUCUACAGAUCUUCUCAUCCAUUGAUUCACAGAUCUAGCGAUCUAUCGAUCCAAGGAUCCAUAGAUCCCCUUAUCCAUUCAUUUACAGAUCUACCAAUAUACCGAUCCAUUGAUCUAUAGAUCUAAUGAUACAUUGAUCUACAGAUCCACCGAUCUAGAGAUCUAGCGAUCCAUCGAUCUACUGGUCUACUGAUCCAUUGAUCUACAGAUCCACCGAUCUAGCGAUCUAGCCAUCCAUCGAUCUACAGAUCUACUGAUCCAUUGAUCUACAGAUCCAGCGAUCUAGCGAUCUACCGAUCUACUAAUCCAUUGAUUUAGCGAUCUACCGAUCCAUAGAUCUACGGAUCUACUGAUCUAUUGAUCUACAGUUCCACCGAUCUAUCGCUUCAGCGAUCUACAGAUCUUCUGAUCUAUUGAUCUACAGUUCCACCGAUCUAUCGAUCCGAGGAUCUAUAGAUCCACUGAUCCAUUGAUCUACAGAUCUACCAAUAUACCGAUCCAUUGAUAUAUAGAUCUACUGAUACAUUGAUCUACAGAUCCACCAAUCUAGCCAUGUAGCGAUCCAUCUAUUUACUGUUCUACUGAUCCAUUGAUCUACAGAUCCACCGAUCUAGAGAUCUAGCGAUCCAUCGAUCUACUGGUCUACUGAUCCAUUGAUCUACAGAUCCACCGAUCUAGCGAUCUAGCCAUCCAUCGAUCUACCGAUCUACUGAUCCAUUGAUCUAGCGAUCUACCGAUCCAUAGAUCUACAGAUCUACUGCUCUAUUGACUUACAGAUCCAACGAUCUAUGCCAUCUAUCGAUCUACAGAUCUAAUCAUCCACUGAUCUACAGAUCCACCGAUCUAGCGAUCCAUCGAUCUACCGAUCCAUUGUUUUAGCGAUCUACCGAUGCAUAGAUCUACAGAUCUACUGAUCCAUUGAUCUACAGAUCCAGCGAUCUAGCGAUCUAGCGAUCUACUAAUCCAUUGAUUUAGCGAUCUACCGAUCCAUAGAUCUACGGAUCUACUGAUCUAUUGAUCUACAGUUCCACCGAUCUAUCGCUUCAUCGAUCUACAGAUCUUCUCAUCCAUUGAUUCACAGAUCUAGCGAUCUAUCGAUCCAAGGAUCCAUAGAUCCUCUUAUCCAUUCAUCUACAGAUCUACCAAUAUACCGAUCCAUUGAUCUAUAGAUCUAAUGAUACAUUGAUCUACAAAUCCACCAAUGUAGAGACCUAGCGAUCCAUUGAUCUACUGGUCUACUGAUCCAUUGAUCUACAGAUCCACCGAUCUAGCGAUCUAGCCAUCCAUCGAUCUACCGAUCUACUGAUCCAUUGAUCUAGCGAUCUACCGAUCCAUAGAUCUUCGGAUCUACUGAUCUAUUGAUCUACAGAUCCAAGGAUCUAGCGAUCUAUCGAUCUACAGAUCUAUUGAUCUAUUGAUCUACGGAUCCACCGAUCUACUGAUCCAAUGAUCUACAGAUCCAGCGAUCUACCGAUCUACUGAUCCAUUGAUCUAGCGAUCUACCGAUCCAUAGAUCUACAGAUCUACUGAUCCAUUGAUCUAUAGAUCCUUAGAUCGAUAGAUCGCUAGAUCUGUGGAUCAAUGGAUCAGUAGAUCUGUAGAUCUAUGGAUCGGUAGAUCGCUAGAUCAAUGGAUCAGUAGAUCGGUAGAUCGCUGGAUCUGUAGAUCAUUGGAUCAGUAGAUCGGUGGAUCCGUAGAUCAAUAGAUCAAUAGAUCUAGCGAUCUAUCGAUCUAAGGAUCUAUAGAUCUACUGAUCCAUCGAUCUACUGAUCCAUUGAUCUAGCGAUCUACCGAUCCAUAGAUCUACGGAUCUACUGAUCUACAGAUCCAAGGAUCUAGCGAUCUAUCGAUCUACAGAUCUAUUGAUCCAUUGAUCUACAGAUCCAGCGAUCUAGCGAUCUAGCGGUCCACUGAUUCAUUGAUCUAGCGAUCUACCGAUCCAUAGAUCUACGGAUGUACUGAUCUAUUGAUCUACAGAUCGAAGGAUCUAGCGAUCUAUCGAUCUACAGAUCUACUGAUCCACUGAUCUACUGAUCCAUUGAUCUAGCGAUCCAUCGAUCUACCGAUCUACUGAUCCAGUGAUGUACCGAUCUAGCGAUCUACUGAUCCAUUGAUCUAGCGAUCUACCGAUCCAUCGAUCUUCCGAUCUACUGAUCUAUUGAUCUACAGUUCCACCGAUCUAUCGGUCCAUCGAUCUACAGAUCUAAUGAUCCAUUGAUCCACAGAUCUAGCGAUCUAUCGAUCUAAGGAUCUACAGAUCUACUGAUCCAUCGAUCUACUGAUCCAUUGAUCUAGCGAUCUACCGAUCCAUAGGUCUACAGAUCUACUGAUCUACAGAUCCAAGGAUCUAGCGAUCUAUCGAUCUACAGAUCUACUGAUCCAAUGAUCUACAGAUCCAGCGAUCUACCGAUCUACUGAUCCAUCAAUCUAGCGAUCUACCGAUCCAUAGAUCUUCUGAUCUAUUGAUCUACAGUUCCACCGAUCUAUCGAUCCAUCGAUCUACCGAUCUACUGAUGUAUUGAUCUACAGUUCCACCGAUCUAUCGAGCCAUCGAUCUACAGAUCUUCUGAUCCCUUGAUUCACAGAUCUAGCGAUCUAUCGAUCCAAGGAUCCAUAGAUCCCCUUUUCCAUUGAUCUACAGAUCCAGCGAUCUAGCGAUCUAGCGAUCUACUGAUCCAUUGAUCUAGCGAUCUACCGAUUCAUCGAUCUACAGAUCUUCUGAUCCAUUGAUUAACAGAUGUACCGAUCUAUCGAUCUAAGGAUCUAUAGAUCUACUGAUCCAUCGAUCUACUGAUCCAUUGAUCUAGCGAUCUACUGAUCCAUAGAUCUACGGAUCUACUGAUCUACAGAUCCAAGGAUCUAGCGAUCUAUCGAUCUACAGAUCUACUGAUCCAUUGAUCUACAGAUCCAGCGAUCUAGCGAUCUACCGGUCCACUGAUUCAUUGAUCUAGCGAUCUACCGAUCCAUAGAUCUUCGGAUCUACUGAUCUAUUGAUCUACAGAUCCAAGGAUCUAGCGAUCUAUCGAUCUACAGAUCUAUUGAUCUAUUGAUCUACGGAUCCACCGAUCUACUGAUCCAAUGAUCUACAGAUGCAGCGAUCUACCGAUCUACUGAUCCAUUGAUGUAGCGAUCUACCGAUCCAUAGAUCUACAGAUCUACUCAUCCAUUGAUCUAUAGAUCCUUAGAUCGAUAGAUCGCUAGAGCUGUGGAUCAAUGGAUCAGUAGAUCUGUAGAUCUAUGGAUCGGGAGAUCGCUAGAUCAAUGGAUCAGUAGAUAGGUAGAUCGCUGGAUCUGUAGAUCAUUGGAUCAGUAGAUCGGUGGAUCCGUAGAUCAAUAGAUCAAUAGAUCUAGCGAUCUAUGGAUCUAAGGAUCUAUAGAUCUACUGAUCCAUCGAUCUACUGAUCCAUUGAUCUAGCGAUCUACCGAUCCAUAGAUCUAAGGAUCUACUGAUCUACAGAUCCAAGGAUCUACCGAUCUAUUGAUCUACAGAUCUACUGAUCCAUUGAUCUACAGAUCCAGCGAUCUAGCGAUCUAGCGGUCUACUGAUUCAUUGAUCUAGCGAUCUACCGAUCCAUAGAUCUACGGAUGUACUGAUCUAUUGAUCUACAGAUCGAAGGAUCUAGCGAUCUAUCGAUCUACAGAUCUACUGAUCCACUGAUCUACUGAUCCAUUGAUCUAGCGAUCCAUCGAUCUACCGAUCUACUGAUCCAGUGAUGUACCGAUCUAGCGUUCUACUGAUCCAUUGAUCUAGCGAUCUACCGAUGCAUCGAUCUACCGAUCUACUGAUCUAUUGAUGUACAGUUCCACCGAUCUAUCGAUCCAUCGAUCUACAGAUCUACUGAUCCAUUGAUCCACAGAUCUAGCGAUCUAUCGAUCUAAGGAUCUAUAGAUCUACUGAUCCAUCGAUCUACUGAUCCAUUGAUCUAGGGAUCUACCGAUCCAUAGAUCUACAGAUCUACUGAUCUACAGAUCCAAGGAUCUAGCGAUCUAUCGAUCUACAGAUCUACUGAUCCAAUGAUCUACAGAUCCAGCGAUCUACCGAUCUACUGAUCCAUCGAUCUAGCGAUCUACCGAUCCAUAGAUCUACAGAUCUUCUGAUCUAUUGAUGUACAGUUCCACCGAUCUAUCGAUCCAUCGAUCUACCGAUCUACUGAUGUAUUGAUCAGUAGAUCUGUAGAUCUAUGGAUCGGUAGAUCGUUAGAUCAAUGGAUCAGUAGAUCGGUAGAUCGCUGGAUCUGUAGAUCAUUAGAUCAGUAGAUCGGUGGAUCCGUAGAUCAAUAGAUCAAUAGAUCUAGCGAUCUAUCGAUCUAAGGAUGUAUAGAUCUACUGAUCCAUCGAUCUACUGAUCCAUUGAUCUAGCGAUCUACCGAUCCAUAGAUCUACGGAUCUACUGAUCUACACAUCCAAGGAUCUAGCGAUCUAUCGAUCUACAGAUCUACUGAUCCAUUGAUCUACAGAUCCAGCGAUCUAGCGAUCUAGCGGUCCACUGAUUCAUUGAUCUAGCGAUCUACCGAUCCAUAGAUCUACGGAUGUACUGAUCUAUUGAUCUACAGAUCGAAGGAUCUAGCGAUCUAUCGAUCUACAGAUCUACUGAUCCACUGAUCUACUGAUCCAUUGAUCUAGCGAUCCAUCGAUCUACCGAUCUACUGAUCCAGUGAUGUACCGAUCUAGCGAUCUACUGAUCCAUUGAUCUAGCGAUCUACCGAUCCAUCGAUCUACCGAUCUACUGAUCUAUUGAUCUACAGUUCCACCGAUCUAUCGAUCCAUCGAUCUACAGAUCUACUGAUCCAUUGAUCCACAGAUCUAGCGAUCUAUCGAUCUAAGGAUCUAUAGAUCUACUGAUCCAUCGAUCUACUGAUCCAUUGAUCUAGCGAUCUACCGAUCCAUAGAUCUACGGAUCUACUGAUCUAGAGAUCCAAGGAUCUAGAGAUCUAUCGAUCUACAGAUCUACUGAUCCAAUGAUCUACAGAUCCAGCGAUCUACCGAUCUACUGAUCCAUCGAUCUAGCGAUCUACCGAUCCAUAGAUCUACAGAUCUUCUGAUCUAUUGAUCUACAGUUCCACCGAUCUAUCGAUCCAUCGAUCUACCGAUCUACUGAUGUAUUAAUCUACAGUUCCACCGAUCUAUCGAGCCAUCGAUCUACAGAUCUUCUGAUCCAUUGAUUCACAGAUCUAGCGAUCUAUCGAUCCAAGGAUCCAUAGAUCCCCUUAUCCAUUGAUCUACAGAUCCAGCGAUCUAGCGAUCUACUGAUCCAUCGAUUUACAGAUCUUCUGAUCCAUUGAUUAACAGAUGUACCGAUCUAUCGAUCUAAGGAUCUAUAGAUCUACUGAUCCAUCGAUCUACUGAUCCAUUGAUCUAGCGAUCUACUGAUCCGUAGAUCCUCGGAUCUACUGAUCUACAGAUCCAAGGAUCUAGCGAUCUAUCGAUCUACAGAUCUACUGAUCCAUUGAUCUACAGAUCCAGCGAUCUAGCGAUCUACCGGUCCACUGAUUCAUUGAUCUAGCGAUCUACCGAUCCAUAGAUCUACGGAUCUACUGAUCUAUUGAUCUACAGAUCCAAGGAUCUAGCGAUCUAUCGAUCUACAGAUAUACUGAUCUACGGAUCCACCGAUCUACUGAUCCAAUGAUCUACAGAUCCAGCGAUCUACCGAUCUACUGAUCCAUUGAUCUAGCGAUCUACCGAUCCAUAGAUCUACAGAUAUACUGAUCUAUUUAUCUACAAUUCCACCGAUCUAUCGAUCCAUUGAUCUAGAGAUCUACUGAUCCCUUGUUCCACAGAUCUAGCGAUCUAUCGAUCCAAAGAUCUAUAGAUCUACUGAUCCAUUGAACUAUAGAUCUUCUGAUACAUUGAUCUACAGAUCCACCAAUCUAGCGAUCUAGCGAUCCACCGAUCUACUGCUCUAUUGAUCUACAGAUCCAACGAUCUAUGCGAUCUAUCGAUCUACAGAUCUACUGAUCCACUGAUUUACAGAUCCAUCGAUGUAGCGAUCCAUCGAUCUACCGAUCUACCAAUCCAUUAAUAUACCGAUCGAUCCAUGUAUAGAUCCACUAAUCCAUUGAUCUACAGAUCUAGCGAUCUACCGCCCCAUUGAUCUUUAGAUACACCGAUCCACUGAUCUACAGUUCUAGCGAUCUAGCGAUCCAUUUAUCUACAGAUCCACCGAUGUAGCGAUAUAGUAAUCUAUCGAUCUCUGGAUCUAGCUAUCUACCGAUCCAUAGGGUACCAUAGAUUUAGAGAUCUACUGAUCCACCGAUCUAGCGAUCCAUCGAUCUACAGAUCUACUGAUCCAUUGAUCCACAGAUCUAGCGAUCUAUCGAUCCAUGGAUCUCUAGAUCCACUGAUCCAUUCAUCUAUAGAUCUAGCCGUAUACCUAUCCAUGGAUCUAUAGAUCUACUGAUACUUUGAUCUACAGAUCCACCAAUCUAGGGAUCUAGCGAUCCAUCAAUCUACCGGUCUACUGAUCCACUGAUCUACUGAUCUAUUGAUCUAGCGAUCCAUCGAUCUACCGAUCUACUGAUCCAGUGAGAAACCGAUCUAGCGAUCUACUGAUCCAUUGUUCUAGCGAUCUACCGAUCCAUCGAUCUACCGAUCUACUGAUCUGUUGAUAUACAUUUCCACCGAUCUAUCGAUCCAUCGAUCUACAGAUCUACUGAUCCAUUGAUCCACAGAUCUCGCGAUCUAUCGAUCUAAGGAUCUAUAGAUCUACUGAUCCAUCGAUCUACUGAUCCAUUGAUGUAGCGAUCUACCGAUCCAUAGAUCUACGGAUCUACUGAUCUACAGAUCCAAGGAUCUAGCGAUCUAUCGAUCUACAGAUCUACUGAUCCAUUGAUCUACAGAUCCAGCGAUCUAGCGAUCUACCGGUCCACUGAUUCAUUGAUCUAGCGAUAUACGGAUCUACUGAUCUAUUGAUCUAGCGAUCUACCGAUCUACCGAUCCAUCGAUCUACCGAUCUACUGAUCUAUUGAUCUACAGUUCCACCGAUCUAUCGAUCCAUCGAUCUACAGAUCUACUGAUCCAUUGAUCCACAGAUCUAGCGAUCUAGUGAUCUACCGGUCCACUGAUUCAUUGAUCUAGCGAUCUACCGAUCCAUAGAUAAGCGAUCUAGCGAUCUACCGAUUCAUCGAUCUACCGAUCUAUUGAUCUACAGUUCCACCGAUCUAUCGAUCCAUCGAUCUACAGAUCUACUGAUCCAUUGAUCCACAGAUCUAGCCAACAAAGGUAAUUUGCGCAAAACAUGGAAUGUUAUCAACGAGCUAACUUCAUGUAACAGUGGUAAGUCAACGAAUAUUUUGGAGAUCAAGGUAGAUGAUAAAAUAGCAAGUAACCCUUUGGACAUUGCGGAAACUAUUAACGAUCACUUUACAAACGUUGCGCAAGUAUUAGCACAAGGUAUUCCUGUUGUCGAUGUUAAUCCUGAGUCUUAUUUAAGGCCCACUGAUCAUUCGUUUUCUCUGCAAAUUCCGAGUGUUGAUAUUGUUUCUAACGUUUUGUCGAAAAUUGAUGAAAAGAAAGCCACCGGUCUUGAUAUGAUUCCGAGUAAAUUGUUGAAAAUGGCUGCUAAUAUCGUCGCACCCUCUCUUACCUCAAUAUUCUCAAAGUCUUUUCUCAGUGGGAUAUAUCCAAACGAUUGGAAAACAGCCAAAGUGACUCCACUUUUUAAAAAGGGCAUUAAAUCGGACCUUAACAACUACAGGCCGAUAUCUGUAAUCCCUAUAAUUUCGAAAGUUUUUGAAAGAAUUGUUUAUAAUCAACUUUUCCAUUAUCUAGAUGAUAAUAAAUUGCUACUAGGUUGCCAAUCAGGGUUCCGUUCUCUACAUAGUACGCUCACGGCUUUGCUUGAGGCAACAAAUGCUUGGUCAGUAAACAUCGACAAUGGCCUUCUAAAUGGCGUUGUCUUUAUUGACCUUACUAAGGCAUUCGACACCAUUGAUCAUGAGAUCAUCUUGCGUAAGAUGUCGUACUUGGGUGUCGAUCAGGCAGCUAUAAAUGGUUCUCGUCGUACUUAAGUGGCCGAACCCAAAGAUGUAAUGUCAGUGGCAAACUAUCAUCUGCUCGUACCCUCAGUUGGGGCGUGCCGCAGGGUAGCAUAUUGGGUCCUUUGCUAUUUUUAAUUUACAUUAAUGAUCUUCCCAACUCCCUGCGGGGCGCCGUACCAAGAAUGUUUGCCGACGACACCAACCUUACGUUAUCUGCUAAGACGUUAACAGAGCUUAAGCUAGCUCUAACCCUGAAUUAAAUAACCUUAGCUGUUGGCUGAAAGCUAACAAGCUCAGUCUAAAUGUUGCUAAAACAGAGCUAAUGAUUAUUGGAUCAAGACAAAGACUAUCUGCCCAAUGUGACGAUGUAGAAAUCAGAAUUGAUGACCAAAUUAUUAAGAGAGUCGAUCAUACCAAAUCCUUGGGUCUUACCAUAGAUGCUCAACUCUCUUGGGGUAAACACGUUGAAGAGAUUUGCAAGAAAGUCUCUUCAGCUAUAGGCGCCCUAAAACGUGUGCGGCCCUUUAUAUCCAAAGAAACUGCAAUUCAAAUUUAUAACGCUUUAAUUAUGCCUCAUUUUGAUUACUGCAGCCCCGUCUGGGACUGUUUGAGUGGUUACUUGAGUGAUAAGCUCCAAAAAUUACAGAAUCGUGCAGCCAGAGUUAUUACUAAAUCACCCUUUGAUGCGAGCUCAAACCACCUUCUCUCCACCCUCAGCUGGGAGAGGCUAUCUCUUCGACGAAAGAAACAAAAAGCCGUAAUGAUGUAUAAAACCAUGAAUGACCUUGCUCCAGAAUAUCUGCAAAGUCUUUUCUCUCAGCGUCACUCUGCUUACAACUUAAGAAACUCUGAGGGAAGGCUGACCUUGUCCAAACCAAGCACCAAUUAUUUGAAACGAAGCUUCUCUUACAGCGGGGCCAUGUUAUGGAAUAACUUGCCCAAAAACUUAAAAAACGCUGCAUCCGUUGAGCAUUUUAAGCGAAAUAUCAAGAAGGUAGCUGAUAUAUCGGAUUCCCACACGGCAAUCAUGUAAAGCAGUUGUAAUUAGUUUUAGUUUUUAACUUAAGCUUAACUGAUGAUUUCCCGUGUUUAAAUAAAGAUUUACAUACAUACAUAGAUCUAGCGAUCUAUCGAUCUAAGGAUCUAUAGAUCUACUGAUCCAUCGAUUUACUGAUCCAUUGAUCUAGCGAUCUACCGAUCUAUAGAUCUACGGAUCUACUGAUCUACAGAUCUAGCGAUCUAUCGAUCUAAGGAUCUAUAGAUCUACUGAUCCAUCGAUCUACUGAUCCAUUGAUCUUGCGAUCUACCGAUCGAUUGAUCUACGGAUCUACUGAUCUACAGAUCCAAGGAUCUAGCCAUCUAUCGAUCUACAGAUCUACUGAUCCAUUGAUCUACAGAUCCAGCGAUCUAGCGAUCUACCGGUCCACUGAUUCAUUGAUCUAGCGAUCUAGCGAUCCAUAGAUCUACGGAUCUACUGAUCUAUUGAUCUACAGAUCCAAGGAUCUAGCGAUCUAUCGAUCUACAGAUCUACUGAUCCACCGAUCUAGCGAUCCAUCGAUCUACAGAUCUACUGAUCCAUUGAUCCACAGAUCUAGCUAUCUAUCGAUCCAUGGAUCUCUAGAUCCACUGAUCCAUUCAUCUAUAGAUGUAGCGAGAUACCUAUCCAUGGAUCUAUAGAUCUACUGAUACUUUGAUCUACAGAUCCACCAAUCUAGGGAUCUAGCGAUCCAUCGAUCUACCGGUCUACUGAUCCACUGAUCUACUGAUCUAUUGAUCUAUUGAUCCAUCGAUCUACCGAUCUACUGAUCCAGUGAUGUACCGAUCUAGCUAUUUACUGAUCUAUAGAUCCACUGAUCUUUUGAUCGACAGAUCUACCGAUCCAUCCAUCUAUAGAUCCACUGAUCCAUUGAUCUACAGAUCUAGUGAUCUACCGAUCCAUGGAUCUAUAGAUCUACUGAUCCAGUGAUCUACCGAUCUAGCGAUCCAUCGAUCUUGAGAUCUACUGAUCCGUUGAUCCGUAGAUGCACCGAUCUAGCGAUCCAUUGAUAUACAGAUCUACUGAUCCAUUGAUCUACCGAUGUAGUGAUCUACCGAUCCAUAGAUCUACAGAUCUAGUGAUCCACCGAUCUAGCGAUCCAUCGACCUUUAAAUUUACUGAACCAUUGAUCUACAUACCCACCGAUCUAGCGAUCUGCCGAUUCAUCGAUUCAUAGAUCCACUGAUCCAUUGAUCUACAGAUCUACCGAUUUACCGAUCCAUCCAUCUAUAGAUUUACAGAUCUAGCGAUCUACCGAUGCAUGGAUCUCUAGAUCUACUGAUCCAUUGAUCUACAGAUCCACCGAGCUAACAAUCAACCGCAGAUCCACCGUUGUGAGCGAUCUACUAAAGAUCCACCGAUCUAGCGAUCCACCAUACUACAGAUCUACUGAUCCAUUGAUCUUUAUAGAGACCGCCGCUCUAGCGAUCCACCGAUACAUAGAUUUACUGAUCUUCUGAUCUAUUGAUCUGCAUUUCUACCGAUCUACAGACGCGCAUGGUUAAGAAAUCCAUCUCGCCGGAUACAAACCAGCUACUCCCUGCUACCGUGAAGAAAUUUAUUUAGCGGUCAGAGCGGGACUUGAACUUCGGGCUUCCGAAUUGCAAGUCCGGUUAGAGCGAGUCGGUUACGCAGCGGGACGGGGGAGGAAAGAAAAUGGCAAACCUUUUUUGACAAGCGUGACAAUAAUUGUGUUUGAAACAAGUUUCGCCAAACUUCAUUUUCGUUUAAAGAGAUCUUUUUGUAAAGGACCACCCUGUGGGGCCCGUUGCUCGAAAGUCCCGGCAACUUUUCGGGCCCGAAAUCAAAUAUUCAAAUCGAAAUAUAAAGAAUAAGACCGCUGCUCCUGGCUAGGAAACUACUCCAUUUUGUUUCAUUAACUGAUAGUGUUAUCACGUUAGAUGCAAGACUAUUAAAACCUCGAUCUUCAAUGUAAACGGAGACAGCUUAUCGGGCCCGUUAAUUAUCGGGACUUUCUAGAAACGGGUCCCAGAAAACAUUGCUGUAAAGACAAAACGCGCAAGUAAUAGCCCUGUCUUGUUUUCUCACACACAGGUGUUUUGCCGUCCUGUCGCGUAAGGGUUGAUUUCCAUUGUCGCGUAAUUUUUCCCUGCGAACGCACUUAAAAUUAACGUGCUUAAAUGAAAUAGAGGAAAUGUAUGAAAGGCCACGCCUAAACGUGAAACUUGAGCGAAGUUCAACUUUUACGUUUACGCGUGAUUUCCAUACACUGCCUCUAUUUUAUCUACGCGCGUGAAAUUUACAACCAACCCUGACUAAAAUAUUGUUGUAAAUAAAAAUAAAUGAAUAAAUUGAUGACGCCGAAACGUUGACUUGUUAGACAUAUUAUUUUUUGUUUGUUUACGCUUUAAAUAGUAAAUCGCUGUUGAUUUUUUUGUUGUUGUUGUUCUAGGACUGUGAGACAAGAACUGCAAGAUGUACAGAUAUACGCUGCACUAUUAAAUUCUUAAAAGCUGAUGAUGAUGUUACACUUACAAUAGUUUCUCGUCUUUGGAAUGGUACCAUGAUAGAAGUGAGUGUUCCACCAAAUUUUAUUUGAAUGAAAUGAAUAUCUUAUUCCUUAACAACUGAUUGUAAUUUGCAAUGUUCCAGUUGGGUUCAGGGUUCUAAAAGGUUUCAAUUCCGUUGAGUGUUGUACAUUGUGUUUCUAGCCUUGUCAAUGUAUGUUCAUAAACAUCAAGUCUAUAGUGUAAGGAGCGUCCUGUUCUUCUCUGGGUUUAUUAGUCGGAUGAUAAACUCGAGCUAGAGGAAAAUCGCUACCCUCGAGGAGACGACGCUGGUGGGGUAAAGUAGCUUGGUGUAACCUCGCAAAAAGCGAUUCCCGAUCUGGCGCUUAUUUCUCGCUCUCUUCUAUCUCAGAGAAAAACCUGCAUACCUCUCGUUUUCCACAGCCAAUAUAGGGUUUUCACUCACUGUGUUACAGUAUGUUUCUUGGAAGAAAAGAAAGUUCUUAUACAUGUAUAACAAAAGUGUUCAACUACCAAUAGGUGUGGUACCCGAACAUGGCCGCCAUUUCGUUAUUUCGGGGCACCAAUGUGGCCAAUGUAACGUCAUGUGAAGGCGCUCUUAACAUGGCUAAAGAAUAGUCCACGUUCGAUAUAUUAAAAUUCUUACAUGACUCCGAGACUUAAGAGACAAAAUUGAACGUGGGCAUUAUCUCCCCGAUGUGUUCCUUGUGGAAUGGAAUGGCGAUGCAGUCUCUAAUCAUGUGGAUUUGUUUUUGUAUAGGAUUAUCAGGGUCAGCUUCUUAAAGUGAUAUCACGAGCCACAGUAAGGUCAUUGAAUACCUUUGUAGUGGAGAAAAACAAAGCAAAUAACAAAGCGAAGGUAUGGUUGCAGAUGUAGCAACGAAAUUUCAGCCUGGAACAUUAAUUUAAAGCUCUCUAAUAAAGUUAACCGUAGCUUGCGAUCUUCUGUUGUUGCUCUAGUUAUUCAUUUUUUUGCCGCUUUCGGGUACGGUUGUUAUGAAUUUAGUUGCAUGGGUAAUUCCGCGUUGUUAAAUUAGUCGCGCGUUGAUACGCUUUUUGGUAUCCCUUUAAACCCGUGUAAACUUUUUAAAAAGAGAAACUGGUGCCCUACCUCGGCCUUGAUGUAUUGAUCUCGCUAUCGCUCGGUCAAUACAUCAAGGCCUCGGUCUGAGAUUUCCCUUUAAUGACCUCACUCUCGGUUAAUAAGUAGUAUAUCGUGACAUCACGCUUGGUCAAUAACGCUUCUGUGAUUCUUACACAGGUUGGGACAGAAUUAACCCCAGAUACCAAUGUAGCUGCACCUUCUAAAAAGCUGCCAAACUGGGUUAUACCGGUCUGCGUUGUAGGUGCAGUGCUUCUUCUAGUGUUAAUAGUAUUUUGCUUAUAUAAGGUGAGUACCUUGGAUAAUAUCGAUCAGGUUAAAGCUCGAAAUAAUCGCAAGUUUUGUUUCACAACAUCAUUUAUCCUUCCGCUCUUAGACCAAAGUCAUGACGAGGUCACUUUUCACUCGAACUUUUGAAGCUGUGAAUGAAAUCCCAUUUUUUUACCAUUCAAAUGAAACCUCUUCAGCAGUACUUUCACAUAGUACUAUUUAUUUGGCAUGUGGUUCUUACUUUUGAGUCUGUGGACCAAAUACCAUGGUGUUACCAUUCGAAUGAAACCUCUUCAGCGGUACUUUCACAUGGUGCUAUUUAUUUCGUAUGUUGUUGUUGUGACUUUUAAGUCGUGGAUGAAAUCCUAUGGUGUUACCAUUCAUGAAACCUCUUUGGCUGCACUUUUGCAUGGUGCUAUUAAUUUGGUAGGGUUUUACAAAAGAGAUUUCUGGACGUUUGGGGAAUUUGUGUUGAUUUGCUACUGUCCGGAGUGAACGGGUUUAAAGCACUAUCGGGGGUGGGGGGCGUUCUUGACAGAUCUGGUUUGAUUGGCUUCUGUAAGGGUUCUUCUCAGUACACUCCAACAUUCGAGUUUCUCGGAAAGGUAUCGUAGCUUUUACUGUGGGGUGGUUUACAGAAGACCACAAGGGCGUGCCACUCUUACUCUAGGUGUAGAAUUUCGCUCAUUUCUAAAUCUGUGAAGCGUCCUGUCUCUUCUAGCCAGCAGUUGGGCUCUUACAGGCUCAAAUAUUUGACUUAUUUCCGAAUCCUCUCGAAUAAUAGUCGUGUAAGGAAUGCCGAAUUCCAUGAUGCGUGUUUUAAAUGCGCAUGCCUACAUGUUUUCGUCAGCUUGAAUAAUAAGACCAUGUUGAUCGACAGUAAAGUAACCUUCGAAUUUCUUUUUGGUCUGGUUUAGAUGGGAUUCUUCAAACGUCAAAAAUAUGACAAGAAUAUUAGUGACCCAAGUGAAAUGGAGGGAAUGUUAGACAAUGGAAAGGCUUGAAUCUGCCAACUCCUCAAAGCUAGUUAGUAGUUCAUUGCAGUCUGAGAAGCGCCGAGGUGCAUCGACUGAAACAGUUCGUCGUAGGAAAGAAGAUAAGGCACUUCAAUUCACACCAUGAAGAGCUUUGGUUAAGAAAUCCUUCCGCGAAGUGAACCGAGGGAAAGACUAUUUUCAUCUCUGUUAAUUAACUUUCUCUGGACAAUGUCUGGCGUCAUAUUUAUCCACAAGAUUUGGUCAAAAGUUCGAUCAUCUUGGAUUCAGGUUUCUCUUGGAUGGCAGUUUUUACAGAUAACCUUCGUAUCGACUGGGUGACGGAGUCAUAAAUAGGAGUGUUUUACUGUGAAAGACAGACAGCACUGCAACACACUUUUACAGUAUAAACCCCGUCAUAAUUUUCCCUGCUUCCUAGACUGGACGUAGCUUGCAAUCGAGGCUCUUAGGGGUAAUCUUUCCACAUGUAAAUAUUUUUUAAAGCGAAGAUUUUUCCCAUGUUAGCUUCGACUUCAAGCUUGUUCUAGUUUGCUACCAUUUAGAGGGAUAUCAUCUAUUUCGAAUGUUUUUUUUUUUAUCUCUGCUUAUAAAGGGUGUUUCCCGGGAUUUAAAAGACUGAACUACAAAACAGAGGUUUCCUUUUGUGGUUCUAUAUCUUAGUUGUUAAAUUUUAAUUGCUAGUUUUUAUAUUCUAUCAAUAUUUUAAAUAUUUCCUAAGCUUAUUUUUAAGAUGGUUUCUUGCUUUUUAUAUUGUUACUUAAUAUCAGUUGAAAAUACUGUGUUUUGAUGUAGAACAGGGAAAUUUUAUCAGCUGCGACGACAAAAACGAAGAGAACACUGCUUGACGAAAAAAUGCUCUGAAAUUGUUUCAGUUUAAUUAAUGUAUUUAACGACAGACUUAAUAACCAUGGUAUGAUGUGACGUCGCAUCGUAUAGAGGUGUGGCGGCCAAGAGGUUAGCAUGUCGAACUUUGGAUCUUUAGGUCUGUUUCGGAGUCUUACUAUCGUGUUGUUACCUAGUCUGUUUCCGGCUCCAAGAUAGUGGGGGAAGCAGAUCGAGAAAAGUAGCGUGAAAACCGUUAUUUCACUACUCGCUCGCUAGCUUUUUUCGCUCUUCUGGCACAGGCUAGGCGUUUCCUCAGACAAACAAACUUUGCUGCACUUUUGUCUCUUUACCCAGGUGUAUAAAUGGGUACCAGUGACAUACUACUGGGGGGAGGGUAAUCCUGCGUUGAACUGACAUCCCAUCCAAGAAGGGGGUGGGGGUAGCAAUACUUAUUAUUUUAUCUGCUUCAUGCUAUGGAAACUGGGUUAAGCUGGAGCCCUGUUAUCAAAAUUUAAAAUGCACAGGCAGAGGCACUGGUUUGCUUACUGUAUGUUAUCCGAUUGGUUUUGAAAUGUUCUCUUCUCGAAUGCCAUCUGAUUGCUCGUAGUCACAUCAUAGCCAAGUUAGUACGCUGUCAUGCUGCAAAAAUCGCAAGUCAUCUACCUCACACUUUGUCUCGUAGAAACGUUGCAACUAAUUCCUGCACGGCCUUUGUAAGUGUUGCUACCCGUUUUACCACACUAGAUUCGACUCGACCAUAGCUAACAGAAAUGUUAAGACUGGGAAAAAAAAGUGUUGAGCCUCGGGACGAGACUAUGAACUUAGUAAAGCCCUGUGGAGGGCAAGGUAGCCGAAAAUAGAUUAGAAAUGCGUCCUCUUGAUGGUUGCUUUUCUUUCUCCAGAAUACUCUCCUUUCUCUAAAAUAAUUGGGUCGUAGCGCCUUAGUAAUUACACGUUUAACCGCGGUUUGGCCGUAUGCGAAAAUUAAUAAUGAUGGCAAAUUUUGAAUUUGCAGUAUUUUUUAUGCCUCUAUAAGAACAUAGAACAUUUUUAAAAUUAAGUGUCACAACAGAGACGUAUUCGCUUACGAUGUUGCUUUUGCAAAUUGACAUAAAAUUUCUUGUAGAAUUUCCAAUUUAAUUGUGGCUACUAUUUAAAAGUAAUAAGUUUACGUUUAGUUUUAUUUUGGGCGAUAAAAAAAACUUAAGUAAACUUAUACUUCUUAAUGCAAAAGCAAUUUAACUGUGUCGUAUGACAAGUUUGUCGUCCUCUGAGUGGUUGCCCUGUGUCAUAGAAAUGACACAGGGCGAUAUAUGAGAAUAUUGAUUGUUACUGUUAAUUUUCUUUGUUGUUGUUGGGAAGAGGGGUUGGGGGCGGUUUAACUGCUAUGUAAACCAAAUAGAUAACUGCCUUUUUAAAUUUGUACAAACAACAGGAAAACACAACUUGAUAACAAUUGAAGUUGUUUAAAUUUAGCUUUAAUUAUUUUUGAACGCUUUUUAUCAGGGGUUAGUUUCUUCAUUGCAAAAAUCAUCAUGACCAUCUCUCGAAUGGAGGAUGACAUGUUUGUAGCUAAGUGAAGACUUAAUUUUGGGGUCUUAACCUCUACUUGCUUGUAAUUUAUUUUACAAUGUAACACUGAUGGUUAUUUCUUAAGCAUAUUUAUAAAACAAGCUUCUGUCAAUUGGAACGUUUUUAAGCGUUCAAAACUACUCUGACGAUUCUGUUUUUCCUUUGCUUUCGCACCUGUGAAAAACAGACGGUAUUUUAUUAAUUUCAACCCUUUUGUAAAGCUUCCCCUGUAUAAUUAAUGACAACAUAAAUCGCCAUUGGUUUUGCUGUGGACGUUAGGGCCUGUUUAAACGCAUUUAACAUUUCAACCUUUGGGCCCUUUAGACUUAAUAAAAUUUUCUACUAAAAUGUACAGGUGGACGAGUUAACGCAACCAAUAAAACUAUAGUUAAUGCCUUUUACUCGGACUACAUUCAUUUUUUGGGUAUGAAAUCCAAACGCUAAACCCUUC